CAACAAACCAAUGUAAUCCAGCAGUCACUCUUAUCUGAGACAUAAUCUAAGGUCUUCAUGUGAUUUGGAAUUAGCAGUGUAGCUACUGAUUAGAUGAGCUGGGUUGCUGGGCUGUAGUUGAUUAUGAGAUAGAAACUCUGCAACAGGCAAACAUUCAUUUAAAUGUGUAAUCCUAGUUUUAGCAACACGUACUUGGCAGGUCUGCACAGACCAGUAACCCCCACCUCCACCAGCCUAAGGAGAUGUAGACAUCGGCUUGAUUGUGCUCUUAAUCAACAAAUGCAACAUACAAGUCUAAAAUCAAAAGAUGGAGACAUGUAGGUGUAUAUUACGUACUGCGCCUCCGCCACACUGAAGGGGGGAAAUGUAUGUUAAUGAUGGAAGUUCUAGUGGCAAUUCUCCCCUACUGCAGAUAUAUGCUAAACAAUUGGGGCAUCACUUUUCCUGUACUGCUUUUGAAAAUGGGUCCCAGUUUGUCCUAUUUCUAUCUUGUAUGUAUGUGUAGUUCACCAGUGUCAUACAAGUUCUCCUUCACUCACAAAUAUGAUACUUUCAUUUGGAACAAUGAGACUGUGCAUUCUUUAAAAUUCACAUGGCAUAAGAAAGAUAUUUGGUUUUCUCGUUUUCCACAUUAUUGGAAAUAUUUCCAUAAACAUGAUAUUUAUGUAAAAAAGGAUGGAAAUUAAUAUUUGUUUUUAAAAGAAAUCAUAAAAAUGUCAAUGGGUGCUAUAUUGGCUGUGUGGAUCAUGUCUAAUUGUUUUAACGCUUGGGGCACAGCCUGUGCUGAGAGUUUAAUUCUGUCGGCUGAAGUGCACUUGAGAAUAAUACAAGUAACCUGGGGGUUGUUAAGAAUGUGCGUAGUCAUUUGAGUGAUAAUGAAAGGAGGAUUUUAUAGGGCACCUUGUUUAAUGGACGCCAUAAACUGAUGACGACACAUUUAACUAAGGGUUUGUAUUACAAAGCAUCUUUGUGGACGUCUAGAAAUAUUGUGUGGCUGUUUUUUUGUAAGUUAUCGCAAGACAGAUUUUGAACAAAUUGAGUUUAUUUUAAUUUAUCCACUCACCUUUAGCCUCCAGCCUCAGUUCAGAUACACUGUGCGGGAUCAGAAGCGUCUCAUUAUCCAGUAACCCUCUGCCCAACAGAUAUUUAUGGGAUAAGUAGUUUAUCCUCCAAGAGCAAUCCCACCCAUCUCUCCCAAAUACUACAAAUGUAUGUUUCGAGCUGUGGAGUGAAUGUUAUCACUUUAGAAAUACAUAAUGAUGGGAAAUACUUCAAUCACUCCCAAUUCCCUUUGUGUAACCACUAUACAUACAGUCUUUGAUUUUAUUUUUUUCUACUUCAUUACACUCUGCUUUUUAUGGAGAAUAUCAUAAUUUAUAUGUAAUUAAUUUAAUCAUAGCCUGCUACCCAAUAUAACUUAUUUAAUUCCAGAAACAUUUGAAUUUUGCUUCGUGCCGGGCAGAAUUUUUUAUUUCUGUUCCACAGAAUGCAGAAUUCAUAACCAUCACUAGCGUAGAUCUGAUAGAAAUGAUGCAGAGUGAAUGUGUAUUGGAAUCCUUUUUAUUACAUACAUAAAACAUCCACUAGAUGGUGCCUUUUGAUUAAACUGGCUAAUCUUGCUCACAAUUUAGAAUUUUCAAAAUUACAGGUUAAUGAUCAGUAUUACCAACUGAAGGGCUGUUUUUUUUUUUUUCUUUUCUGUGAAAACAGCUGGCAUAUAAUUAACUGUAUGCUCCAAUAAAUCACAUAGGAUUUUUCUUCCACCCCUAUAUGGAGCGCUAGCCAUUGCUCAGACUUUGAAAUGUGUUUGCUUUAAAGCUGUUCACAUAACACAGGGAUUGCUCACAUAAAAGCCAUACAAUAGAUUAAACUACAUAGCCCUAUUAUGUCAACUAAUAAGGCUGACUACAGCAUCCCCAGUUUAAAUACUAUAAACAUUCUCCUGGUAAUAAAAGUUUGUGAGGGCCAAUUGACAUAUGAAGCCUGCCCUUUGUUUGCAGCAUGUGAUAGGUUCACGUAAAGGUCGCCCAUCCAGGUGCAUUUUAUUUAUGUCCUAAAAGUGUGAUAUUGCGUUAUUUAGUACAGAUAAUCGACAUUAAGUUAGUAAAGGUCUUUUAAGCAAACCUCCGUGAUUUAUUCCUGCCGAGAUAAGUUGAGGUCUGCACUGCAGCAGAUGGUAUGUGUGAAGUCAAUAGGGAGAAAAGUCACACAGUUCAGUCACUUAUUUAAGCAUACCAUUGACUGUAUGAAUGAUCACACUGGUAGAUAUAUACCCAAGAACGCAUGAUAUUAUCACAGUAAGGUAAACUUGCUGACAGAACUUUGUAACUCUAUUGGGCUUGUUUGUGUCGGUUAUACACUGUAUGUAGUUCAUGGAUGCAUAACCCUAAACUGUGUUUUAUGGAAAUAUAAUGCCAUUAAAAGAACACUCCAAGCUUGCUGUAGUGGUUAUGGUACCAGAAGUGCACCGGCGUUUGUCCCCUCACCCGCCUCUUCCCCACUGUAAGUACUCAGACCAUUUUAGAAUGGUUUGACUCUUUACCUGGGGUGUCCCGGGCACCACUCCUUUUCUCCACUACCAAUGAUGAAAAGCUGAAAUUUCCUAAACAGGAGUCUGUUAGCUCACUAUAAAUGAGAGCAUCCACAGAGGUACAUGUAAAUCGGCAGUAGUUAAAUGCGCUCAUUGAUGUUAAUCAGUCCAAGAAAAAGUUGACAUUUCAGUCUUUUUCCAAGAUUUUGCUAGAAGACCGUAGAUAUCCAUUAAAGGGAUUUUAAUUUCAUGUCUUCAAUGGGUGUGAAUAGAAUACUCAAAUAUCAAAUAAUAUGGGAUGCACACUAUAACAUCUUCAAACAGUAAUUAUAAUCCAACUUUAUUAUGUACAAAAAGUACUAUAGUGGUAAACAGAAAUAAACAAAAUAACAAAAGUAGAGGCUAUACAAUACUACAAUGGUACAAUAUCAAAAAAUCUUACAAGCCACAAGACAGAAACACAAGUCACCAAACCCCCCCAACGUUUUGGCACCAACUGGCUGCCUUUAUCAAUGGUACCUUUUGAUUUGUGAAUAGAAUACUGACAUUCUUACCACCUCUUCUUAUACUGGCUAAUUCCUGUCAUUUCAGCCCAUUUUUAAUAGCCGGAUUCGAUUGCUUGUCAGGUAGAGUAUGCCCAGCAGUUCUGUUGGAGUUGGCAGUGUGAGAUGGUACAGUUUAGCCUAAUCUUAUUUUAACGAUAUUCUGUAAUAAACUGCAAAUACCAGGCAGAUCUUUUAGAGCUUUAGUUGAAAGAUAAACACAUUGGAUUCCUGGUUUAAAUGAAUUCGUAGUUUUUAUUAUAUAAUGUGGUUACCAAAUGGUCAGCUUUAAUCAUGGCAACAUCAACAAAGCUAAAUGACUUUUCAGCACCCUUUCAGAAUGCAUUAAUACCAGUGCCAUUGGGUUAUCUGUAGCUCACCAUGAUUAUUUCAGCUGUCACAGUGAUUGUAUGAGAGUCGAGAUAGACUAGCACAGGGCUUGGCAUAUGUUUGUAGAACUUAGACAAGCAUUUAAAAUUAUUUUAUUUUUUUAUCUUGUGGAGUCCAAUAAAAAGUAGUUGGUAAUCAGGUGUGAACUGUAAUUCACAUAGUGUGGCCCCUGAGCAAUAAUGUGUGUAUUUAGUUAAACGGGAGGAAGAACAUAAUGAGGAACCAGUCUAAUGAAAGUGAUGUUUCCCCUCCACAAGGUAUAAUGAAUUUUGUCCUUGUUAGAACUUAACUCAUGUUAAAAGAGUUUCAUCUGACGCUUCCAUCUAAUAACUGAUGUAUAGAGUUGUACUGAAUUGAUAUUGUUAAAGUGGAGUGAGAGAGUUUACGCUUUAACGUUAUCACAGGAGAUUGAAAGGAUUAUAUGCUCCUGAGGAACCAAGUGUCAGAAACUUGCACCAUAACUGGCUUUUGUGUUUUUGGAAUUUCAGUAAAAUGACAGUCCUAUAGAAGAGAUUUAUCAGGGCAAAACGUGUGCUAUUCAUGCUUUUAUUUAACCCUAAUUUUUAAAUUCAUUUAGGUUUCUUUCCCAUUACCCAAUACAUGUUUGGUUGGGAACAGCCUGGAAAAGUUAGCAUUUUUACACAAAUGAAGUUACCGGUAGUUUAUAGUCACUUAAUAGCUUAAAUGAAACUAGGAACAAGUGUGUUUAUUUGAAUCCAUUGUUUAUUUGAUUAGUUAUUGCAAGGCAAAAUAGACUUUAUCCAUGGCUUAGUUUGUGAUUAUUUAUAAGUGUGUUAUUGUUUGAACUGGAAAAAAAGGCAUUUUAUUCCCAUUGCAUGUGAAAACAUAGCUAGUUUGCAACCAUUCACAAAGGUCCUUUGCUGUGAUUAGCAGUGCUAUGAUCGGCAGUGCUAUGAUCAGCUGUAAAUGAACAGCAGUAUUGCUGGCUGCGUCACUUGGCAGUCCAGCAAUAGUGACUGGGCUCUAAUUGGCUGUCUGCUCGCUGUAGAAUCAUGUUCUGACCGGGAUUCCUAGGUUUCCCAGUUCUAAGGCAGUGAGUGACAUUACAACUGUUCUAACCAGCCAAUAAAGCCAGUGAUUAUUACCUUACCAGCACGUGUUCUUGCGCAAAACACUAUAUGGUCAUAAUGUGUAUUCCUGACCCUAUGUUGUUAAAAACACUAUCCAUUGUAUAGCGCUACAGAAUUAUGCUGGCGCUAUAUAAAUAUAAUAAUAAUGAUGAUGCUGGCCCACCCUUGCACCCUGAUCUGCCUCCUUGGCUAACAUCAUCAGAACUGACAAUCUUAGCCAAUCCAUUGCUUUCUUAUUGGAAAAUAUUGUAUUGGCUGAGAUUGUCAACUCUGAUCACAGCGAAAGUGGCGGGGUGGGGGCAGAGCUCAACACAGCGCUGGGCAAUCGAUGUAUCUCUAUGGGGAAAGUUCACCACCGAACCAGCAUACAUCUCUAGUGGCCAUCUGAGUGACUGCCACUAGAUGUGUUACUAGGCUGUAAUGUAAACACUGCCUUUUCUCUGAAAAGACAGUUUAAAACAGAAAUCCUACAGGGACUGAUUAUACUCACCAGAACCACUACAUUGAGCUGUAGUUGUUUUGGUGACCAGUGUCCCUUUAACAAUAUAUAUCUGGCUACCUCCAGUCCUUAUAGAUUGGAAGCUUGUGUGACUAGGGCCUUGUUUACCUCAAAAUAUCACUUAUUCCUAAAUGUAAAAAACUUCAGAAUAUGUUGACGCUAUAUAAAUAAUACAGAUUUAGCGGUCUGACGGCUAAAUUUGAUGCUGGUCAAUAUGGUGAUAUAGUCUCGCCUUACCAAAUAACAUCUCUGGGAAAACAAGCUUAAUCAAAAUUAGGCCAUUCCACUGUUUCGAUUUUCCUCAGAAAAUAUGGCGUCUGUAUAUAUGGUGACUAAAUGGCCAAGUGAAAAGACUCAAAUGCUCUAUAUUAAAUUGCUCAAGUGUUGUCUUCUUUUGGGAAUGCUAUGUCAUAAAGUUCACAUGUUUACAAUUUAACCCUUUAACCUUUCAAAUAUUAAUUGAUUGCCUGUGCUCCAACCACUUCAGUGAACUCAAAGUACUCUAAGACCGAUCACGUGUUAAGAGUCCCAUUUGGAGAGAGCCCUGUUUAGUUGUAACUGAGGUUAUGAGAGUUAGUUUUCAAAGCUUGUGAACCAGAACCAACAUUUUCUUUAUCAUUAUGCAUCCUGGCCUUAUAUCCUGGAGGGAAACAUAGCCUUGGCUUUAGCUUUACAUUGUAAUUCAGUGACCAAAGCCACGUAUGACAGCUCUGGCCUGGACUGAAAAUAGGACCCGAAUCCACUGCCUUCCCUAUUACACAGUGGACACAGUGAUGCUUUAAAGGUCUACUAUUAUUAUUAAGUAUAAAGCUUCAACAUAUUCUCUUGUGGUGUAGAAUAGGUGUACUAACCAACGAGCAGUUGCACCAAGACAAGUUGGACAAGACAACUAACGGAUGGUGGUGAGGACCUUGCUAAAAUGAGCUUCCAUUGAAUGCAUUUGGAUAGGUUGGUUAAAAUCUCCCUAAUUCUAGUCUCACCGUGGUCAAAUAUAAAGUAGAUAGAUGCAUAUAAUGGUGGAUAGAACACACACUUAGUGGGCAAUAGAUAGAGAAAUCUGAACAAUUACCCAUGGACUAAAUGUACUGUAGAUUAGGACUCUUCUUGGUCCUCAAAACAAUAUGGAAAAGAAUAAUCUACAAUACAAUAAAAACAGAGAAAAACAUAUAUGCAAUAAUGUUGCGAUAGAAAUGGAGUGGAAAUUAAAAUAGUUAUUCACACUCACAAACCAAAAUUGAUUGUAGGCAUAUCGUAAAGAUGGUGGAAACCUCAGGACUUGUAGAGCAUCAUGGCAUAUAUAGAAGGAAAAAAAGAAACGUAAUAGUGCAGAGUAUCUUAAUAAAAUAGACACUUACUUACAAGAUUGAAGUGGCAAGCAGGCAUAUCAUAUAAAAUGUUCCAGUCACAAGAUACCAGGGUUGAGAGAACCGGAAAAACAGUAUAUAAAAGAAAUAAAAUAAAAACAAAUUCUGUACCCUAUACAGCAGCCCUACGCAUCUCGUUCAAUAAUCUUUGAACUUCCUCAGGGGCAUAUGAUGAAGAUCCUUCUGUAUGCAGGCAGAAGGAUCUUCAGCAUAUGCCCCUGAGGAAGUUCAAAGAUUAUUGAACUCUGGGGAUUGCUAUAAUCACUAUACUUCCUUGGCUUACAACAAUUGCUCUUGUAAGAGCAGCCUGCUUCGCUCUCUGGACUAGGAGAGGUCUACCCACUGGAAGCUGGAUCCUGGUCUUGGGACCAGGGUGAGUGGAGGACAGCGAGACCCCAACCAAGCUGUGGCGGUUUGUGGGAUUUAAGGUGCAUAUGGUGCUCAUAAGUACUAGGAAACCACGAUUGACGGAGGUACCCGGUCAAGGAAGCGGGGCCAAAUGACAGUUUGGUUGGUCAGUAUCUCCUCAUAGAAAUGCAUUAAUUAAUGUAUCUCUAUGAUGAAUGUUCAGCGUCACUAUGCUGAGGGUGGAGACAAUGAAUGGCAGUCACACUGUGCAGCACUGCCCUAUGAAGCACCUCUAAUAGCCACAUGAGGAGUUGUCACUGGAAGUGUCCCUAGGCCGUAAUGUAAACACUGCCUUUUCAGAGAAAAUUCAGCUUUUACAACAAAAAGCCUGAAGGGAUAGACUAUAGACACCAGAACAACUAUAUUAAGCUGUAAUUCCCUUUAAUGCAAACUGCACAUUUUUUGUAAAUUAAUUACAUUAAUACAAGUUAAUUGUACUUGUGUCUGCAGAGAUAACAUGCACUUUUUCUCAGCAAGAACGGUUUGAAAUAAACAAAAAAAGACCAAUGCAAUUCUAUGAACCCCUUACCUUUCAAUAUGAAAAGUAUCUGCACGUGCUGAUAUUUCAUAUUGCUCCACCUCUGGUAGGAUCCAGCAAGGAAACGAGGUCUCUGCUAAUGAGUAACCAGCAUCAGAUAAGACUUGACUCUUAGCAGGGACCCAAGCAAGACGGCAAACCAUUGCAGUUUACAUUUUUUUUUUUUGUUUAACCAUUUCAGUUAACAACCAUUGAUGUUUAACCAAAUACAUGAUUUUGUAUGUUCUUAUUUUAGUUAAAUAAAUAAAUGUUUUUAAUUGUUCUCCAAAUAUGAAUGAUAAGCCUAUUAUACUGGCGAUAGUUCACCUUGUUAUAAUUUCACCAUUGUGAAAGAAACUGACACUAUAGUUUGGAAACCUACAUUUAAGCCACCGGCCCACCUCGUCCCAGCCUGAAAAGGUAUAAAAAUUACCUUUUCAGAGGGCCACGCAGGUCUGGUCUCUGCCUCCUUGGCUUAUCGUCAAUCUUGAUGAUCUCAGCCAGUCGAAUGAUUUCCCAUAGCCGCUCUGCGCUAAUCCGCAUCUCCUCAUAUAGGCGUAUUGAAUCAAUGCAUUUCUAUGAGGAAUGUUUAGCCUCCCAAUGCAGGGCGUGGUGAUGCUGAACAACAGUGUUGCUCAUUGUGCAGCAGUGACCCAGGAAGCACUUUUAGUGACCGUCUGAGUGGCUGCCUCUAUAGGUGUUCCUAGGCCGUAAUGUCCACACUGCCUUUUCUCUGAAAAGACGUGUGUACGUUUAAAAGCUUGCAGGGACAGACAGUCAACAUCAGAACAGCUUCAUUAAGUUUUAGUUGUUCUAGUGAUUACGGUGUCCCAAAAACUAUGCAUUUCUAAUGGUAUAUAUCAAAAUCCGUUCUGAUAGAACUGUUAAAUUAAUCUGAAAAUAUGAAAUCGUCAUCCAGUGAUUAAAUUAAAUUUACAGUAUCCAACACUGACUUCAUGGGUGUUUUUUUUUUGAUCUUUGCAAAAUGUUAUUGUUGCUGCAACAGCUGUCUUAUUAUCCUGUUGCCCUCUAAAAUGAGCAUUAUUUUGUUUCUUAUAGGGAGAGCCGAGAAGGUUUUAGAAGAAAGCCAAUGUAUCCUCCUAACGUCUACGUGAGAGAACGUUCACCACACAGAAGAGAGUCUCCUUUCUUUCGAGACUCUCCAGUUACUCAAAGAGACUCUCCCCAUAGUAGAUCGGGUUCCAGCGUCAGUAGCAGAAGCUAUUCGCCAGACAGAGGAAAAUCUUUUUCCUCCCAUCAACACAGCAGAAGUAAGUUUUGAAAUAAUUCUAGAACAGUCACUAUAUCAUGUGUUCUCACUUUUAUUUCCCUCUUAAAUGGGGUACCAGUAUUUGACAAAGCAGCAGUUCCAUUUCAUAUGUAGGGUGUCUCCAUUUUUUUUAUUGUCUUAUAAACUGUUAGAGUAGAACUGUAAACAUAUUUAUAAAUGUUCAAUGAAAGAAAAUAAUUGUAAGUCAGUAGUAUUUUAGGUACAGUUUUUGAAAAAUUUAAUUGUAUCAAGGAAGUCAUGUUACUCCUAGUUAAUGGGUAAAUGUUUACUUGGUACACUUUAUUUAUGAAAAUACAUUAAAAUAAAGCUGUGUUCCAUUAGUGUGAUUUUUUAUAAUGGAAAUGCUUCUAAUACUAUUGGAGCAAACUAUUAAGAUUCAGUCUGUACUAUAUUUUGUGCACUUGGCCUGCUUUUGAAACCACAUGCACUAGCACUUUUGGAGACUUGAUUAAAAGCAAAUGUAACCUGUUGGUGGCAUGUAGGACAUGGAGGAUUGCACAGAUUUGGACAGUCGCAGGUAGUGAGCUCAAGCCAGCUUGCACAUUUUAAUCAUUUUAUUUCUUAACUCCUCGCACAAUUAUUUUAUUUUACUUUCCUGGACUUUCAGCCAUUGCAGUCCUAAAGGAAACGUUUUAUACAUAGAAUACUAAUUAUUUAGUGACAAAUAUAGUUCCUAAACACCUUGAAGUAAUUGUACUUUUUUUACAUGAUGUUUUAUCUCUUUUUUGAGGAAGUUGGGAUGGCCUCAGUUUGUGUUUGAUAAGCUAAUGUUGACUAAGGAAGUCGGGAAGAUAUGGGUAUCUUUAACUGUUUAUUGUUCUUUAUUUAGGGUGGUGUCAUUCCAAAGUGACCUGGAAUUGUCUUGUCUAGUUAGUUUCUUUAACAUCUAGUUUGUAACUGUGAAUUUAGAGAUGAAUUUCACACUGUACAAUAAAAGCUGCAAAUUAGUCUGGUUAUUUUGCAUUGCUGUAUCUGCUUAUAGAGUUUGACAGAAUCUACUAAUAUAUCAGUUGUUUGUAUGUGUUCCUAGUGUGUGUUUUUAUGUAUACCCAAGCACCCUUAUUGUUUUAUUGUGGAGAAAAAAAAAAAUUCUGAACUUAAUUUAUAACCUAGAAAAUGAUUUAUUUUUAUAAAUUAGUGGAGUUGGUUGAAUUACUUUUUAUGGAAUGGUUUGGUAUUUUUAAGUUAUUUUAAUAUAUUUUGCCAUUGCUUCUGUAGAAGUGUUAAUAGUAAGGACUUUUCCAUUUCCUUAUUCCAGUGCCAGUUUCAAAAUGUAGCACAAGGUACAUGUUAGGAAGGUGAAAGUGCAUUGGACAAGGGGCAGUCUAAGCACAAUAACCUGUCAUUGUAGUGAUUAUGGUGUCAGGAGUGUCCUGCUGCCAUUUUCACAGUAUGCAUUCAAACUGUUUUUGCAUUCUGCCUAGCUUAUAUUUGUGAUAUGUCUAAAGUGAAAAUUCACCUUCAGCAAUAGACAGAUGCAUGUAAUCCAUACUUGGACAAAAUUCAUUAGCUGAGCUGUCAGCCAAUGCAUUCUGUGCAAACACAGGUGGAGUUGGCAGAAAUAAUACAAAAAUGUGAACUAUCAGACUUGUGAUCUGAUGGGAGGAGCCUGGACCGGAAGUACCCAGGUAAGUGUCAGACCAUUUGAAAGCCGUUUGACGUCUUACUGUGUGACGGUAAAUGGCACGUAUUAUGUUGGUUGUAUCCAAUCUACUUGCACUGAAAUAUGAUAGAACAAUACCAACUGCCUUGUAACUGUCUGUCUUCGGUCCCAUUUGGAUUCUGUUUAGAGAAUCCCUGUGCAUGUAGUAUAGUGUCUGCUCAUUUGUAAUUAAUUUAAGCCACAGUAUAAAGGUUAUUGGUUUCCUUUCGAGCUGGAAGCUGUGGCUGUCCUCGGAAAGCUGAAAUGGCUCCUAUUGUUUUUAAUGUGAAAAUGCUCUCAUGUACAUCAGUACAUCUAUACUCAUUGUAGCAUUAUAGCAUCUCUGACAUCAUGAAACCACGAAGGAACACACUUUGGAAUAUGUUUUUUUGUAAAAAAACUUUUUAAAAAAUUGCGUUCUGAAAAGUGGUGCAACAUUUUUAAAUGUGCCUGCUGGAUCCAGUGUUUUCUAUAGCGAUUGCUCUACUUAGAACACUUUAAAUCACUUUUGAGAGUAGGACACUUUUUAUUUAUUAAAAAAAUAAAAAUACACCAUUUGUCUCGUGGGUUUAAAGGAAAAUCAAAAACACACUAAUGCCAAUUUGUUGUGCUUUGUGCGUGUGUAGUGUGUCUUAUUUCGAUAGAAACUGGCAUUUAUCUGAAUGAAUGCAGUUACACAUCCCUUGCUGUCCGUCAGGCAGUCGGAGGUGUUACUUCCUAUAAGUUUGUCUCCAUAAGGCUAAACUAACUUGCCCAGAGCACCUACGUUUUGAAAGGCACUGCGUAUGAUAUUUGUUAAUGUAAACUUUGGGGUUUUUUUGUUUUGUUUUCUACUUCUUCUACUAGAUUACUAGGUAGUCAGUUUUCUUUUGUUACAUGCUUUCCAAAGUUCAAUAAAAAGGGAAAUCAGCUGUUGGGGUUAAAACAUGUGUUAUGGCAUGUUCAAUCUUGCUUUAUGCACAGAUGGUGCUGGAAUUUGUCAAGUCACGAUUUACACCUGUGGUGCAUGUCAUAUUUCUGAAGCUUUGGCUGAGCGUGUACAUUUAAAUUUGUGACAUCAUCUUGCUCACUUGUGCAGAGUAGAAUGUUCAUAGAACAAUGUUGUCCAAACCUUAUUGGUUACUGUACCUUUAAAGAAACUUUGUGGUUUAAACAUUAAAGAUUUAAAUGGUAGUGAAACUGAAGUAGGAAUUGCAUCAUUUUGUCUAAAAUAGCCAACGUGUGAACACUGCCUGGGUUUAUUUUUAGAUCUUUUCUCAUCUGUGAUUUUUUUAUUUUAUUUUAUUUUUUUUUAUUAACUACUAAAACUGAUUUAAAAAAAAAAUAAUAAUAAAAAAUAAUUUUGGGGCCUCAUUAAAAUCUCAGCAUAUAAAUAUUUUUAGUAUAAUUGCAUGUAAACUCUUACUGAUAUUUUUUCUAUCUGCCUCUCCUUCGACCAUGAAGGAAAUGUUUGCACGUCUUUCCCCAGCAGCAAUGUGUUAGAAUCUUUUUGUCAAACAGAAACCAGAUAAUAAUGCCAUGUAAUGCACAAAGAUAAGGGUUCUCACUUCAGCCAAACACUUUGUCAGUUUCAAGUGCCAGAAGAAACUGAUCCCUUCUUAUCAAAGGCGUUCAAUAUAUGAUGUAAUUAGACUUGUAUACAGUAAGAUGUCAGGCACCACCCCCAUACUGUGUAACUGGUUUUAAUGGAUUACCAUAGUUUUACUGCACCUUCUACAACAAAAAUUACUUUUAAAUACCCCCCCCCCUCCCCCAUAAUUACUUCAUAUUCUCCUUUUAGAUUGUGUGUAGGGCUUAUACAAACAAGGACAUCACCUACAAUAUAUUUAAGUAACAAAUGCAAAAUAAUUAAACUUGGAAUGUCCUAAAUAUUUGAAUAAUAAUGGCCCUCAUCCAUGUAUCUAUGCAUAUUCCUACUUUCCCACUACAUAUCUUUCUCAUUACAAUAAAAUUUCAAACUGAGAGUAUAGCAUUUUAAUCUCACUUAAUUACCUAGAGUAGCACAAGUCUUCAAUUGUAUCCUAUCAAAAGGUUUUCUGGAUGGCUGUCAUUUUGAGGCAGAUGGAUUAGGUAAAGGUAUAGUCGUCUCAAAUAGGCAAAUGCUCACUCAGACUUGCAUGGACUAGGACACAGCAGAAGGCCUAAUAGAUAUGAACUCCGAUGAUAAGAUCGGUGUUUGAUUUGGCACUUAUAUACUGCACCUUAUCUCAUAUUGCUGAUAUAAAGAGUCUGUUAUACAAAUAAACUCGUUUGUGUCUAUUCUUCUACUCUAGUUAAAGGGACAUUAUAGGCACCAAAACAACUUUAGCUAAUGAAGCAGUUUUUUGUAUAGGUCAUGCCUCAGAAUUCUCACUGCUCAAUUCUCUGCCAUUUAUGAGUUAAGUUUUGUUUCUGUUUAUGUAGCCUGAGUCACACACCCUCAUGCUGUGACUGACACAGUCUACAUGGAAAAAAUGGUUUCAUUUUUAACUUGCUUUGGAAGUUUGUGGAAUUAAACUUCAAUCACACACAGGGGGCUCCUGCAUGAUCUAGAAAGCUAUUAACAGGGCGAGAGGUAAGAAAUGCAAAAUUCUACAGCAUGUGCAACAAAGGAAGUGUAAACAUUAGAUCUCUCUUUACAGGACGUGUUUAGGAAAGCUGUGCAAGUCACAUGCAGGGAGGUGUGACUAGGGUACAUAAACAAAGUGAUUUAACACCUAAAUAGCAGAAAAUUGAGCAGUGAGACUGCAGGAGCAUGAUCUGUACAUCAAAACUGCUUUAUUAAGCUAAAAAUGAUUGGGUGCCUAUAAUGUCCCUCUAAGUUUAUAUAUUACCAUGGCAGCUCUGCAAAGUCCAUAUUUCCCCAUGAUCUAAUAUGGCUUUCGCAUGAGUCCUUCUAGUAUUGGUUAGGUGUAAGACUGCACAGCCUGCUAUGGCCAUGCAAGUCAGUCCAACUCAGCACAUCGCCCACUCCUGCAAGUGGAGAAGACUAAACAUUGAGCAUUCUCAAAAUGAUUGGACAAGUCAAUAAGGAAGCUAGAUUUCCCCUUAUGACAUGGGUGGGUUGGGAGGUGGAGCCAGGACACUUGAUCAGAAGAUUGAAAUCCUACAAAUGGCGAGGAUUUGAAGUUUUCAGGGACAACUUCUUGGCUCCAUAACAUUACAAUAAUGCAGUUGUUAUGGUGUUUGGUGUGUCCUUUUAAGAUGUUUUUACCCAGCUCAAUACUACUCAUUCUGUUGAAUUCAGAAAGUAGGUAAUUGCUGAGAGGUAACCAUGACGGAAGUCAGAUCUUCUGGGACUAAACAACUACAACUGAGGCUCACUGCCAGUGCCCUGCCUCUAGACUGGGUGCUCGGGAGAGUUAAAAUACUAAACUAGACACUUGUUCUUGACAUAAUUCCACUUAAGGCUCCAUGAGGGUGAAUUGUAUUUACGGUACAUUCUCAUUAAUAUACAUGUUUGGAUUUAAAUCCUAGGUAAAGAAAGACCUGUUGGUCAUCCUUUAAAGUCACCCAGAGAUGUCUCCCCGUCAAGUUCAGCCUCAACUCUGCCAGCAAAGGUAAACUCAAUUUCUAAAGAAGGGGUACCGCAGGCACUUUUUGUUGUUGGUGGUCUUUUAUAUUGUUAGCUUGCUUGUUUUUGUUUGUUUUAAUUUUUUAUAUAGAACACUUUACUGCUGCAGUGAUUAUUAAUGCUUUAUGUCAAAAAACAUAUAUUUGCUUUAGAGUUUCACCGAACUUGUUGAUUCAAAAGAAAUAGAUUAGAUAAAGAGUUGCCACUUGUCUUAAGUGUGUGUCAGAUUUCUCCCACUUGUUGUACCUUGCCAUUUCCCAUCAGCCAUCACUUUCCUCCAGCAUAAUGUUCAGUAGAUUUCUAUGGAGUCUCUUUGCGCACACGAGGAAACUUGCUCCCACUACAGGAGUUUCUGUCGUCUUGUACCUUUAAGCUGAUCAUUUCCAUUUGUGUAUUAAUUUAUAUCCCAAUCCUGCAAUUCACAUUAAUGUGCAUAUUCUUUUUAAAUACAUUAAGUACAAUUUUUUAAGAGAUCUAUGGCAAUAUAACCAGCACAGAAUGCACCUGUCAUGGUUGAAUAUAUUUAUUACCUGUUCCGUAUUAAAUUUAUAUUUGUGCAUGUAUGUGUGUUAACUUAAAAAAAAAAAAAAAUAUAUAUGCACGCACGCACGCACGCCGUAUAAGCCGAGGCCCCUAAUUUUACCCCAAAAAACUGGGAAAACGUAUUGACUCGAGUAUAAGACUAGGGUGGGAAAUGCAGCAGCUACUGGUAAAUUUCUAAAUAAAAUUAGAUCCUAAAAAAAUUAUAUUAAUUGAAUAUUUAUUUACAGUGUGUGUAUAUGAUGAAUGCUGUGUGUGUAUAUGAGUGCUGUGUGUGUGUGUGAUGCAGUGUGUGUUUGUGUUGCAGAGCCUUGGUGGGGGGGUGGGCAUUUUUAUAAAAAAAAAAAAUUAAUAUUAUUUUAAUUUGUUUUGUUAUAUUAUUAUUUUUUUAUUAUUAUUUAUAUUAUUUUUAAUAUUAUUUUUAUUAUUAUUUAUAUAUUAUUAAUUUAUUUAUUUUGUUGUGCCCCCUCCCUGCUUGAUACAUGGCAGGGAGGGGGGCUCUCCUUCCCUGGUGGUCCAGUGGCAUUGGCAGUUCAGUGGGGGGAGGAGGGGGGCUGGCAGAGCUGUUACCUCUCCUGCAGCUCCUGUCAGCUCUCUCCUCCUCCGCGCCGGUCCGUGCAGCUCUUCUCUCAGCUCACACUGUAAGUCUCGCGAGAGCCGCACUAUGACCCCGCGGCUCUCGCGAGACUUACAGUGUGAGCUGAUCGAGGUGCUGACCGGACCGGCGCGGAGGAGGAGGGAGCUGACAGGAGCUGCAGGAGAGGUAAGUAACAGCUUCUGUUAGGUUCUCUUUAGUUCGUAUUAUGGCAAUGUAAAUUGCCAUAAUAUACUGACUUAGUAUAAGUUUAGUUAGUUUCAGCACAAAAUGUGCUGAAAAACUCGCUUAUACUCGAAAGUAUAUAAUGUAUAUAUGUAUGUGUAUGUGUGUAUAGAUAUAUAUAUAUAUAUAUAUAUAUAUAUAUAUAUAUAUAUAUAUAUAUAUAUAUGGUGGUGAGUAGAGUAUAUAUAUAUAUAUAUAUAUAUAUAUAUAUAUAUAUAUACAGUUGCAAGAAAAAGUACGUGGACCCUUUGGAAUGAUAUGGAUUUGUGCACAAAUUGGUCAUAAAAUGUGAUCUGAUCAUCAUCUAGUCACAACAAUAGACAAUCACAGUCUGCUUAAACUAAUAACACACAAAGAAUGAAAUGUUGCCAUGUUUUUAUUGAACACACCUUGUAAACAUUCACAGUGCAGGUGGAAAUAGUAUGUGAACCCUUGGAUUUAAUAACUGGUUGAACCUCCUUUGGCAGCAAUAACUUCAACCAAACGUUUCCUGUAGUUGCAGAUCAGACGUGCACAACGGUCAGGAGUAAUUCUUGACUAUUCCUCUUUACAGAACUGUUUCAGUUCAGCAAUAUUCUUGGGAUGUCUGGUGUGAUUAGCUUUCUUGAGGUCAUGCCACAGCAUCUCAAUCGGGUUGAGGUCAGGACUCUGACUGGGCCACUUCAGAAGGUGUAUUUUCUUCUGUUUAUGCCAUUCUGUUGUUGAUUUACUUCUAUGCUUUGGGUCAUUGUCCUGUUGCAACACCCAUCUUCUGUUGAUCUUCAGCUGGUAGACAGAUGGCCUUAAGUUCUCCUGCAAAAUGUCUUGAUAAACUUGGGAAUUCAUUUUUCCUUCGAUGAUAGCAAUCCGUCCAGGCCCUGAUGCAGCAAAGCGGCCCCAAACCAUGAUGCCCCCACCACCAUACUUCACAGUUUGGAUGAGGUUUUGAUGAUGGUGUGCUGUGCCUUUUUUUCGCCACACAUAGUGUUGUGUGUUUCUUCCAAACAACUCAACUUUGGUUUCAUCUGUCCACAGAAUAUUUUGCCAGUACUGCUGUGGAACAUCCAGGUGCUCUUGUGCAAACUGUAAACGUGCAGCAAUGUUUUGUUUGGACAGCAGUGGCUUCCUCUGCGGUAUCCUCCCAUGAAAUCCAUUCUUGUUUAGUGUUUUACAUAUUGUAGAUUCGCUAACAGGGAUGUUAGCAUUUGCCAGUGACUUUUGUAAGUCUUUAGCUGACACUCUAGGAUUCUUCUUCACCUCAUUGAGUAGUCUGCGCUGUGCUCUCGCAGUCAUCUUUACAGGACGGCCACUCCUAGGGAGAGUAGCAGCAGUGCUGAACUUUUAUAGACAAUUUGUCUUACCGUGAACAGCAAGGCUUUUGGAGAUCCUUUUAUAAUCCUUAAUUCUUAAUUGUAGGUCUUCUGAGAGCUAUUUUAUGCGAGGCAUCAUUCACAUCAGGCAUUGCUUCUUGUGAAAAGCAAACCCAGAACUGGUGUGUAUUUUUUUUAUAGGGCAGGGCAGCUGUAACCAACACCUCCAAUCUCAUCUCCUUGAUUGGACCCCAGUUGGCUGACAUCUCACUCCAAUUAGUUCUUGGAGAUGUCAUUAGUCUAGGGGUUCACAUACUUUUUCCACCUGCACUGGGAAUGUUUACAUGGUGUGUUCAAUAAAAACAUGGCACAUUUCAUUAUUUGUGUGUUUAUUAGGUUAAGCAGACUGUGAUUGUCUAUUGUUGUGACUUAGAUGAUGAUCAGAUCACAUUUUAUGACCAAUUUGUGCAGAAAUCCAUAUCAUUCCAAAGGGUUCACAUACUUUUUCUUGCAACUGUGUGUGUGUGUGUGUGUGUGUGUGUGUAUGUAUAUGUGUGUGUGUGUAUAUGUAUGUAUGUAUGUAUGUGUGUGUAUAUAUAUGUAUAUAUGUGUGUGUAUAUAUGUGUAUAUAUAUAUAUGUAUGUAUAUAUGUGUGUGUAUAUAUAUAUAUAUAUGUAUGUAUAUAUAUGUGUGUGUGUAUAUAUAUAUAUAUAUAUAUUCGUAAUAUUGUAUCCUAUUGUAACAAUACAAUGUUUUGUGGACCCAGGACAUACUUGAAAACGAGAGAAAUCUCAAUAUUUCCAUCCUGGUAAAAUAUUUUAUAAAUAAAUUUGAAAUAAAAUAUUGUUGUCCCAUUCUUAAGUUAAAGAAAAGGAUGUCUAUAUGUAAUGAUUUCUCUUAAAAAGAUCUGUAAUAAAGCCACUCCAUUUGUCAAUAAACUUGGAACUCCAUAAAAAGAUUUAAUGGCCAUAUUGGUGGGUAGUUAGUACUGCAUGUACCCUCUUGGUCUUUUGAGAACUGGUAUGGUUGAUGUACAGACAGAGGCUUUGCUGCUUUGAAUAGCAGGUUGUCGUUUCUCAUCAAACAAAUUUGCAUCCAAGUAGUUUCCAACCGAGGAGGAGCUAGCAUGGGUAUUUGAGACUGCCUUUUGCUUGGAUUUAUUGUGUACAACCAUUGGUUUACUUUUCACAGGCUGUGGAAUUGGAAAAAAGUAGCAGAUCUGAGGGUGCGUUUGUGGAAACUUCUUCCAUGUGGGCUGCUGACAAGAUGGACCUGUCUGAAAACAAUGCUCCAGAAACCACAGAUGAAUAUGUAAAAACAGUAGGUUUUAGUCUGUGUAUUCACUCUUUAAAUGGUACUAUUGGUCAACCUUCAUCUGACCAGGUCAGUUAGAGUGGUAGUUCUGUAGUCGAUGCGCUGGAAAGUCAAUAGUUGGCCACUCCUGGUGUGUGUGUGUGUGUGUGUGUGUGUGUGUGUGUAUAUAUAUAUAGAUAGUUUGUUUACCCUUAUAUUUCACAAUCCCGUUAACUAAAAAUAUCGGUGACAAGUAUAUCUAUCCAGCUGUUGAUCAAUACUGGAUUAAUUCACAUUUUAUUAUUUACAUGAGGAUUCUUAGAUUAACUUUAUUAUCUUGUUCCCUUCUGCAUAAAUAUCAGGAAAGUAUUUUGGAAGUAUUUGUGAUUAUACGGUCACAAAAUCUCUCUUUAUACGUAUGCAUUCUUGUAUUCUAUAAGACUGGACAGUCAUCUGCAUUAUAUGGAGAUCCAUCAGAAGAACAUGAGGCAAAUGUUUCUGCAACUUCAGAAGUUUUCGAAGUGCGUCCGCAUAACAGUCGUGCAAAAGCAAUUGCAGCAAAAACUAAAGAAAUCGAAGAGGUAAGAGCUGUGGGUAUUGGGGUUGAAAAGGGCACAAUAUCUAAUGUCUUAAACAUGUAUUAUUUCUGUUAUGUGCUUAUCCACUUUGAGAAACCACACAGCUGCUCAAAUGCUUAAGAAAUUACCUUCUGAACACCGGGAGUCAUAAAUAUUUCAUAAAUUUUUCUUAGAAUGGGAAAACCUAGAGCUCAUUUUCAAAGGAUGUUAUUGGGAGAUGGUAUGGAUCAACAACUCGUUCAUACUUGGCAACAUUCCUUUAAUAUGUACCUUUACAGCCAGAACAGGUGGGAUGGAAGGCCAAAAGCCUUUUUAUGCAGCCUUUCUAAAAUCGUACGUGACAAUUAUUGAUCAGUUGCAACCUCGGAACGGUAAUGUAAAAGGUUUGUUGUUAGUUGUUCUGCUACCUAAUAAAGUAUUCCAUGUCAAGUGAUAAAUUAACAUUACUUAUCUUAUAUGAAUCCAGAUCUAGGGUCUCAGUGGUUAGUUUUUUCAAUUUUAUAAUUGUUUCUAAGGGGACCCUCUAGGUAUUAUAACCACUCCAACCAUUGUAAUGAUUGGUGCUGUUCUCUAGUUUGGUGUCAAUCUGUUUUCAAGCAAUGUGACAAAAAUUAGAGGACCUCAAAUAUCCUAGCCCUGGCUCGUUGUAUUGCUAGUGCCAGCCUUGAGCAUCAUGGGAUAUGUAGUUCAGAAACAUCUGAGGAGCUGGCUGCCUGGUAAUUGCAUAUCAUUACAUACACUGCUAUAGAUUGUAGGGUUUGAGCAUGUGGCCUUAAAUGAUAGGAAUAGUAAAUGGUAAAAAAAAAUUAUUUCAUAAAUAAAACAGUAAAAGUGGUGAGAGCACACACAAAACAAAAUAUUAAAAUAGUUACCCCUACAUUCAGUUAAAAUCCUGUAGAGAUAAAAUGAGGAAAAACAGACAUAGGGUAAUAACGUACAGAUAAUUAAUAAAUGAGCAAAUAAUUGUGUAAACUCACAUAUUUCUGAGCCACUUAAAAUAGAAGCUGGCUCAGACUAAGAACGUUGAAUGGAUUAAUGUAGUGAUAGCUCAAAUGCUAACUGCUUACUCGUCCUUUCUUAAAAAAAUCCAGGAUGCAGGAUCUCAGUAAAAGAUUUAUUAUUCCAGAGUAAAAAAAACAGCAGCAAAAAAUGAAGCUCCGCGAUCUCACUCUCCACACACUGACGCGUUUCAGCCAAAGCUUUUAUCAAAGUGUAAGUCCAUUCGGUCCAUUCUUUGUUUAAAUAGGAGCUUUUUCGCGCCUUUCUCCCAUUCGGUAAUAGGCUCCUCCCCUUCCAUUCACACGCAACCAAAUUGGGCAUCCAAGCGUCCGUAGUAACCUUCAUUUACUUCCGCGUUCAUCAGAAAUGACGUUGGGAUUAUCUCCUCGCUUGUGCUGAAUAGUCUUUAAUGUUGCAAAAGGAAACUCCUAUUGCAACAUACUGCAUACAUAUUAUCACAGUCAAAUUUUAAAACAAAAUUACAACAAGCUAACUCUUCUAAUGCAUGAAAUGUCAAAACCUUUCUUUUAUUACAAAAACACACUAAAAAAAAGAGGUUAAUAGAAAAAAAAGGGGGGGGGAGGGGAUAAUAUCAUUUUGUUCCAUUUAAAGGCACAGAAAUGCUGGGGGAAUGCAUCAAAUAUAGAGUACAGAUGCUUUUUAAUAAAAUACAUGUUAAUAACAUUAUAGUAUGCUUUAGCUAAAUUAGAAAAAUAGUAAAAUUAGAAAAAUGAUAAAAAUACUUAAAAGUACUUUACAAAUAUCAAUUUUAAAAUUGUAUACCAAUUAUUACCUCAAAUAAAAUCCACAUAUAUUUCCUAAACGUAUUAACUAAUAUACUGUAUUUUCUGGCGUAUAAGAUGACUUUUUAACCCUGGAAAAUCUUCUCCAAAGUCGGGGGUCGUCUUAUACGCCGGGUAUAGGGUCUAUAUGGCUGCCGGGGGCGCCCUGCGCCCCCAUCGCCAACCCUUCUAAUGCUGCAGCUGCCUGAGCGCUCUAUAGAGAGCGCUCAGACGGCUGCCGCACUGCCUCUCUUCUCACCUCCCGUUCCCUGUGCAGAGUGGGUGGCCGAGCUCCUCUUCGUCCUGUCAGUCUGGCCGGGUACCGCUUAUCCUUAUCUCCACCUCUCCAAUGGAUUUUAAUAUGAUCUAUUGCAAAAAAAUCCAAACCACUAGGAUCUCCAUUAUGGUGCUCCAUAAAAUGUUUGGACACACAAGGAUUAGGGAAUCUCCUUUGGAUGUUAUAUAUAUGUUCCCUAAUUCGUGUCUUUAGUGGGCAAGACGUUUUCCAUAUAUAUUGUAAACCGCAGGGGCAUAUUAACAUAUAUAUAUAUAUAUAUCAUCCACAGUGUUACAUGUAGUAAAAUACUUAAUUUCAUAUUCAUUUUUGGUAUUAAGAGAAAUAAAUUAAAAAGAUUUCCUAUUUGUCCCAGUUCUUAUCUUACACCCUCUACAAUUUCCACAGUAAAAAAAAUCAUUUUUGUUCCUUUAAAAAAAAUAUGAUUUACAUGAACCACUUUUACAAAUCCCUUUCAAGGAAAUUAAAUUGGAUGUGUGCUGUAGUGGUUCUGGUGCCAUGGGUGCCCUAGUGUAAUGAGUCAAACUUUAAAGAACAUGUUUGUCACUCUCGGCCAUUGAGCUGAAUAGAGCAUCAGCGAAAAUUGCUUUAAGCUCUCACUGAUCUGUAUUGAAGGAUGAUAUCCACACCUUGCGGACCCCAGGUAACACGUGUAGUGAUGUCGCGAACCGUUCAAGCUGCCUUCAACAUGGAUGCUGUGCAGGAAGUAGGAUGGUCUGGGAGGGAGGGUCUGCCGGAGAUUGGCAGGGAUGUGUCAGCUGACCGGAGUUCGCCGCGGACGGUUCGCGACAUCACUAAACACGUGGUUUGACUUCUUGUUUGUUUGUAUAAUUAUUACUAAAAAUAAGCUGACGUGCUAGUCUCCUUGUGCGUUAUAUUGUAGUGUGUGUCUCAAUAUAUUUUUAGAGCAUAGUCCAGGCUUACCUUUGCUCUGUGGGUUUCUUUUGUCCUUGGUUGGCGGCAACACGUAUCUGCUGAGGCCACACACACAAUUUCAAGGUCUGAAAGUGUCCUUCCUAGAGUAUAUCUUUGAAAUGUCAUGUGAUUGUCUGUAUUUAUGAGCUCACACUUACUCUUGAUCACCUACACAGUUUUUGUUUUGACCAAAGAGGACUAACGGUGGCAAGGGUAAGCCAGAAAUUGCAUUGAAAUAAUGUAACUGUUUAGGUAAACAGCUUUAAGAGGCUCCUCUCAAACUAGGAUUGUCCUGCUGUCAUUUCAAAUGGGGCACCCGUGACAGUUGCUAAACUUAAGGAAAUCUGGUUUGGAUUCCAAAUAUGGAAAAAAGAAAUUGAUGCACAUUUGGUAGUGACAUACGAAAUAAAAAAUAGACCAUCUGUUACACUUUUUCUGGCUACAGUAGAUCAACUUCAAACCCUACCAGCAAGUGAAUUUUCUUUGGUUUGUAAAAUGGGUUUACCAAAGCCAUAGGUAGAAGAGAAGAGAUAACAUUUAAAGAGCCGACCGUCUGUUUUGCUUAGCAAAGUGCUAAGUUUUUAAUGGAACAAGACACUAUGUAAACAUGCUUAUUACUUUACCAGUUGUUCUCUUCAAGCACACACACCAAAUAUUGAAUGUGUGUCAGAGAACAAAAGUUCUUAGAACUAUUAGUUUGAAGUGGGGAAACUAAAAGCAAAAGCAUAUUAUAAAGCAAAAGUGUGAUGUGAAAAUGACUUUACAAAUUGGCCGCCUAAUCUGCUAUUGUUAUUGCACAGGUAUUCGGUGGACCCUUUAGAUAAGGGCCAACUAUGCAAAUUAACUUUGUUGCUUUUAAGUUUUCCGCCGUGAGUUCAGAGCCUUUUCUUUCUUCAGAUGUGAAAGCUGUCAGAUGCUUGAUUUAAUGCUUUAUUCUUUAGAAUGAAAUGUUCCAUAGCUAAGAUUUUCCGUUGAACCUAUUUGGAAUCAAGCUAUAGAUUCAAAGCCAAUGUAAACGUGUUGUAUUAAAUUUAGGUUUUAAACAAACAUUGUACCUUGUUGCUUUAGUGGGUCUUGAUGCAUAGUUACUGGGCCAGAUUGUGCCAUGAUUUGGUCAGGGAUAUUUAAAAAAUAAAUAAAUUGUGUUUAAGUAUGGCAGGGCUCAAAGUUUUCAAGUCCUACACUUCAAACUAGGACUUAAAAGUUACUUGCCGCUGCAUGCCUGGAGAGUCCAUGGGACACUCAACGGGGGUAAAUUCCUACUUGCCAAGGCUGAAUUUUCAUUUGCUCAUGGCUUGUGGCAAUUGGAAAUUUGAACCCUGAACAUGGAAUCUGCAAAUACUUGAAGUACUACCAACUUUUGCUUAAAGGAACACUUUAUACUAGUGUUAGAAAUACAAAGAUGUCCUUCUUUAUCCACCAGUCCACGAAAACGUUAAACUCAUUUCUUUCACUUUCCUGAUUCCAGUGACGAAAUCCCUUCAUACUGUGUCAUGCUCCUCCUCUGGUGGCAUGGUUAGACAACAGGCUAACGCCGCAAUAAACAAGCGGUCCACUGCUUCCCCAGUGUAAAGUACUGGUUGCUGGAAAUUGUUUAACGUCCGCAUCAGGGUACAUAAAACGUCAAAUAAUCUCUAUGCCAGGUGCAUAGCUAUACACCCCUCAAUGUAAUAGAAUUAGUAGCACCAUGUCAGAGUUUUGCAUUCCAUACGAUUUCAGAAAAUAAACCUCCUUUUAAUGUUACAAACGAUAGGUAAACAAAAAGUGUGUAAAUCUAUCCUUACUAAAUACAACGGGGAAAUCUAAUAAACAACCACAUACCGUAACUAGCUGGAUGUAUUUCACAUCUCCACUGGACCCAUUCUCACCAGUAAAGACUGUGUUUAAAUACAUAAAACACACCCUGCAUGUGGAGCAAUUAGCAAAGGAUUAUUUUCUGAACUACCCACAGUCCGUUUGUGCACUGUAAUUCAAAACUCUGAUACUGUGAUACUAAUUAACAGAUAUACUUUACCAGCAGUUCCAUAUCUAUAAAUGUCUUAAUAGCCAUUCCACAUACAAAAAGAAAUUGUUUAGCUUGCUUUUGGUUGGAAAAGACCUGUAGGCGUAAAGAAAUACUCAAAGCACCAAAACAACUUAAGCUUAAUAAAUUGGUUUCUGUUUAAAGCCCCUGCAGUACUCAAUUAUCUGCAGAACAGAGUUAAUUCACUUUGUUUAUGCACCUCCCCUGCUUGUGACCCACACAGCCUCCCUUCAUAUUUCCUGUAAAGAAAGAUCUAAUUUAAACUUACUUUAUUGCACUGUGUAUUUAAAUUAGAAUUAUGUAUAUCCUGCUCUGUUAAUUUCCUGCUAGAGCCCGCAGGAGCCUCCUGUAUGAUUUAAAGUUAAACAGAGUAGGAUAUAAAACAUGUCUAAACUAAACACAUUGUGCUGUCAGAUCUGACUUGAAAAUUAAACUUUUUUUUUAAUUUUAUUUUUUCUUCAAAUUAACUGUUCAUCUCAGCCAGGGAGGUGUGGCUAGGGCUGCAUAAGCAUAGUGAUUUAACUCCUAAUUGGCAGAAAAUUAGACUACAGGGCCAUUAUCUAUACACAAAAACUGCUUCAUUAAAGGACCACUAUAGGCAACCAGACCACUUCAGCUCAAUUAAGUGGUCUGGGUGCCAGGUCCCUCCAGUGUUAACCCUGCAGCUCUGAAACUGCUAUGUUUCACUGAGGGUUAAUCCAGCCUCUAGUGGCUGUCUCACUGACAGCCGCUAGAGGCGCUUCUGCGCUUCUCACUGUGAAAAUCACAGUGAGAAGACGCUGGACGUCCAUAGGAAAGCUUUAAGAAAUGCUUUCCUAUGGGCAGUGUGAAUGCGUGCGGCUCUUGCCGCGCAUGCGCAUUCGGCACUGACAUCGGCAGGAGGAGAAAAGUUCCCCAGCGCCGAGGGAGCCCGGCGCUGGAGAAAGGUAAGUGUUUUAACCCCUUCAGCCCAGCGGGAGUGGGACCCUAAGGGUGAGGGUCCUAAAGACCCUAUAGUGCCAGGAAAACAAGUUUGUUUUCCUGGCACUAUAGUGGUCCUUUAAGCUAAAGCAGUUUUGUUAAUUCAAGUAUCUCUUUAAAAAAAAAAAGAACCUCAUCCCCCAUUAUUCUGUUUCGCACAAUUUAAUGGACUAUGUGCAGGGGCUAUUAAUCUCAGGCAGCUCUAGGACAUAAAUAUCUUGGUCUGUCGAAUGUUAAAGAGUUACCCUCCCAAGCUGCAGCUACUAUCUACAUAUAUAAUGUUUUAUUCUGCCCUCCUGAUGAUAUGGUAGGAGAGGGACUGGGAAGAUCUAAUAAACACAUUUUUCUCUGCCUUCUAUCACUAAUUAAAGAGGGGAUGCAUGAAUGUUUGCGGCCACUCCCCUGUAGUGUAAUUUCCACUAAUCUAGGGCAGACGAGGACCUGUAAUAUUUGAUGCCCUCCCAAAAGAUACAGAACAAUGAAGAUUCAGAGAUCUUGAUAGACUGCUAGAGCUUAAUUUUCUUGAAUAAUUGCAUUAUUUUCCCAAAAUUCAUGGUUUACCGUGUGUGUGUUAUAAAUAAAAUAAUAAAUAACUUAAGUGUAUCUUAACAUGCACAUUUUUAAGUCUGCUUCCAAGUGCCGUUUUGAAGUAUAUAGUUCUUUUUCCUGUGUUUAAUAUUAAUGUCUGCGUAAACAUUGGCAUUAAAGACAUAUGUGGAAGGUAAGCUUUCAACCUCUGGGCCAAUUGACUUGUUAACGGUUUAUUUUGGUUUUACUCUACACUGUAAAUUUAUGCUUCACUGAUUUCCCCAUCAAACUGAAAGCGGAUCUUUGUCAUUGCUUUAUAAAUGAUAUCCAUUCAACAGCAAUUUUCUUCAACCAACUUAAAUCUCAAAUGUACUUUUCAAAGGAUGCAUGGGAAAUGUUCUACUAAUUAGAUCACAUUUUUAAUAUAAUUUUAAAGAGAACAAGACACAAUUGUAUUUAAUUUGACACACCCAGCCUUCUAUCAUUGCUUUUUAUUAUUGCUUUAUUAUAAUAUGGUGUAUGGUGGGUUUUUCUUUUCUUUAUUUCUAUUUAAAAAUUACUCUAACCCUAUGAGUCUGUUAUUUUAAUCUGUAAUUACUGGCUCAUUCACCCCCUUAAGGUUUAAACCCAACGCUGAUAAUAAGCAAUAUAUUUGGCUGGAAUACACAGUUUGCUAAAGCUUCCCCCACUGGUUUCCACUCUUGUUCUGACAUCACAGCCUCUCUUGUGUGAUCCAAUUAAAAUAAUUUGAUUGGACCGUUACACUGGCUCAGAGCGCAUGCACGCACUCUGAGCCAGUAAGAGGUGAGGUGGAGAAAAAGUGGGAGGGGAUUUAAAAAAACAAUAAUAUUGUAAGCAAGGUGGGAGGUAGUGCACAAAAGGAAAGAGGGGGAGAUCAUGUUUCCUCAUUACAUCUUUCGCAAGAGCACUGUGCAUGCUGAUGACAGACGUAAUUUUCGCAUAGGAUUGAUAUUGGGCAUCCCAUAAUAGAGUUCCAAGCUGCCUAAGUCACUUGUGCCAGGGGUAUAACUUGCCUGGCACAAAAAUGAUUAUAUCUCUGGAUGUGCAACGUUUCAUGCAGAAAUGCUGCACAUACAGACUCCUACUAACAAGACCACGUUAUGGUGUAACCCUUUAAAGUCAGGCAGCUGGGUUUGCGCAAAUACCAUUGUUCUAGAUGAUGCUACAUUUGAACAUAUUCUUUGUGUGGUUAGUUUAUUUAAAAUAGAUUUGUAUUUAUAUAUUUUUUCUAACUUCUUUAAUACACGUUCUAAAACCUACCACAUCUGUCUUUUCUUGUGAAUGAACCCUUUUACUAAUUGAUCAGUGUUUAAUACAUGCCUUGCAUGUAUUUUUGACUAAUAAUUUAACAUUUAUUAUGUAAUAUCUCUGUAUUUUACCCUGCAUAGUUUGCUGUGCUAAAAGGCAGAGAACUGUGUGCAUAUGUACACAGCCUUUGAAAAUGUUGAGUGCAGUUCCUGGAAACUUAAAGGGACACUUCAAACCACAAAAGCACCCCCGUUUGCAGACGUGCUUUAUUUGUGAAGAAUAUGCCCCAUUUUUCUUUUAAUUUCACAAAAAUUGCAGAUUUAAAUAUAAAUUGUCACUUUAAUAUAUUAAUUUUGUUACACCUACUUGGCUGUCAAUUACACAACCAGUCCUGUUACUUCCUGGUUUGGUUAGCUCAGUGGAGUUAAACCCAAGAGGCAGCAAUUGCUCUGAGCACCUGCCUUGCGAACACUUCUCAUUGAGCUUCAUUGGGAAGUCUCUGAUUGGACAGCCACAGAAAGUCUGGGAGGCUGACAAGAGACAUGCAACUUUCGUAAGAGGUUUUUAGAUAUACCCCCAAUUAGAAAAUGCAUAAUUAAAUGUGUAUUUGUUUUCAUUGGGGAUUUAUCUACCAAGUAGUGGUGCCCUUUUAAUGUGUAGAUGUUGGAUAAUACUCCAAAAUGAAAACACGUUACCAUAUAUGGAAUAUAAAAAUUACCAAAGCAUUGUUUAAGAAUGCUGUGAGAAUCAUCUUUAUCUUAGUUUGAAUUCUUUGAACAAUUUGAUGUCUCUAUAGACAUACCCUAUUAGACUAUUAUUUUUUGUUUGUUUUUAACUAGUCGUGUCACCCUCUAAUCAGCUCACCAUUUAGUGCCAGAACGAAACUACUUCCAAAUGCACAUGUUGUCCAUGCUUGCUUUAAGUUGUCACUUUGUAACCUGGACUGUAAAGUAAAUGUCUUCCUGUGCAUUCCAUAAAUUAAAUGCAGAUGUUGGUCGUGAGCUUACAUUUCUUCGUAUUUGCACAUUAAGUCUCUUGUAACCACAGAAGUCUAGGUAUUUUGCUUCUUAGCAUAUUUCUAAGUUAAGCAGCAGCUCUGAAUUAGUUUGCGUGGCUCAGUGUCAUUUCCUACAUUAGUAUAUUUGUCUUGCUGAUGCAGAGCUGAUAUUCUGAAAACACAGGGGGAGUGUGAAGAGAUCAGGAAAUAAAAUAUUUGCCUCUAGUUUUAGAUCAAUUAUGGCAUUCAAAGACCAUACUGUUGCGGUCCACUUGUAAAAGUACAUUUGUUGAUAAGUGGCUGUAGCCCACAACCUUUGUUGUUUACUAGUAAAGUAGUGGACCCUGAUGUACAAUUGGUACUAGUUUUGCUAGUGGACCCUGAUGUACUGUUUGCACUCAUAGACUUCCCAAUUGCAUGCAAUUUUCCUGUACUAAUCAGUACAGAGAGGUAGCAGCAGUGGUUUUGCAUUUUAUGGAACAUUUGCAUACCUCUCAAGUGUCCCUAUUUAAGAGGCACAGUCCCUAUUUUCGGCCCAAAUCCUUCUCUUCCUCUUUUUUUUAUCCUAAUGUCCAUCUUUUAUGGGAGCUCAGUAUUCUUGGUGUGUUUAAAUUUAGAGCUCCACAGCAAUAACAACAGUAAUGUGUAUUUAAAGGAGAGAACUGUAACCUCGACACUGUCUUUUAAUAUAGUGACAACUUCAUCAAGUUUUAAAAGGAAAUGGAUUCUUUGUUAAAUUAAGUAUAUGUAAAAAUUUAGAAAAUGUCAUCCCUAUAUUUAGUAUGUGACGGGAUAUUUCACCAUAUACAUGCACCCAGAGUCAGACAUUGUUUGAAUGUAAUAGUCAGUCGGUCUGAUGAUGUCACUGCAAGGUGCAGGGAAGACCAUAGAGACUAUAUAGAGGUUUUCAAACACUAUCUGACCCAAGGUAUAUGUAUAUGGCUGAAGAAUCCUGUCAUGUACUAAAGGUAGGGAUGUAUUUUUUUUAUAUACUUCUACUUCAUUUAGCAAAAACUCUUUUUGCUUUUAGUACCUUUUUUAUUGAUCUACAGUGGUGUAUUCAUUUUUUAUACGGCUUCAUAUUGAUUUUGCAUUUUUACAUAUACUUCCCAACACAAAUUUGAGUCAUUAGUAACUAUAUACUGCAUUUUAGGUGGUUUCAUUUUAUUUGUCCUCAACACAAGCUUCUGGCAUAUUAAAAGUAUUUUUCUUUGUGCUGUUUUUUUUUUUUUUUUACGAUUUUCUUUGUUUUGUUUUUUGCAAGCUGGGACGGGGGAGCAGGGAGGCAAUUGCACCCCAGGCCGUCCUAAAUUAUUUUAAAAACAGCCGCAGGCGGCUCUCUAGUUAACCGGUUUAGGCGGCCGCCUAAGGCCUCACAGCCGCCUAAACCGCCUUAGGGCAGACUGUGUUGGGUCCUUGGUUAGUGAUCGAGGACCCAAUACCAGGAAUGGGGGCCCGGUGGCUUGUCCAGUAUGCCGCCAGGUGCGAGGCCCCUCCAGGCUGCCCGAGAGCGCCCGUGGCCGCUGGUCUGCAGCUCCGCAGUGUGCAGAGCUGCAGACCAUGUGUCUCGCGAGAUCUGGCCACUCAGAGCAUUGCAGCAGGUUACCACGGUAAUGCCCUGACCGGUCUCGCGAGAUAUGGUCUGCAGUGGAUAUCACCACUGGACCACCAGGGAGCCCACUGGAUUACCAGGAAGCCCACACUGGACCACCAGGGAAUGACAUAAGGUAUGUAGUCACCCCCCUCCCUUUUGCCCAUCACCCCCCUCCCUCUUGGCCAUCGCCCCCCCUCGAUCUCAACCAUCACUCACCCCCACAUAAACCACAUUGUAUCAUAUUUGCCUUGCUUUAUAACAUCAAUAUACAUUAUAAAACCAGGAAAAGGUGGGCAAUUGGCCACUUGACUGGAUUUUCAUCCCAGGUCUAAGGCUGCCAGCCUUCCCCUGUCUGCAAGCAUAUUGAAAUACUUUGAGCUAUCUUCUGCUUUAUUCCCUUUCAUCCCACAGCCAAUUUCUUCUCUUAAUGCAUGUGAUUAGUGUAACUCUGAUAAAGGAUCUCUCUUUAAGGUGCAUGUGCACUUUGACAUGACAUAAGCUAAUUGUUUUACACAUUUCCUGGAUAUGGUUUUUUGGGAUCAGCGAAAUGUUCUGCCCAGCCUUGCAAUCUUGCUUACAUCAGUUCAUUAAAUCCCAUUUGCAUGGACUAUAUUGUUUUUAAAGAGGUUUAUCUGAUGAAAAUCCAGCCAGAUUUUUCAUGCGUAAUUAGGACCAUUUUAAAGGCCCCAGAAAGGGUUUUGGCUCCAAAUUUCUUCCACCCACACACAUCCAUCUACACCUAGAGUACAAGUCUCUCUCUCUAUGCACAAACAUUCCCAUUGAGCCUUCUUCAAAUAUCCUUCAGUUCAGCUUCCCCUGCCUGUCUCACUGUCAUAAUUAAAACAAGAUUUAGAAGGGAUUGUUGCCAAAUCCACAUUUUUAGAAACUAGUUGCUGGCCAGCUGUAUAAAUUGCUGUUCUCUUGAUCCUCAUCUUAAAGGAAGAAAAUCAAAUUAACGGAUGCUUUUUUUAAAUUUUAUUUUCUAUGUUAACCAAAUUGUACCAGUGUCAAAUCAACAACACCAUUCCUAUCCCAUUUAUCUCAUUAAUGCUUAAGUGCCCCAUAGGGCAACUGGCUAACUAUCUGAUUGUUUUAUCAAUGUACAAGUAUCAUAUAUAAUAUAUUAUUUGGCAGACUUCAGCAUUAUAGUAAUGUGAAAUCCUUGUUAUAUAUACAAGUAAAAUGUUCUAUCAAUGCAACUGUCUCACUUCAAAACAAAUUAUUCCUUUAAUAAUCGAGGCAUCUCCACUAAGAUAGACCCACUGUAAUUAGAUCAUGAGCAUAUUUGAACCUCAUUGGCAUUCUGAACCUUCUAAAAUACGUUUUUCUUUUGCCAAAUGAGAGUAGCAUGAAUAAUUUGCCCAUGUGUUACACAUAUUUGAUGUAAAUAAAGUCUACAUUCAGAUUGGUUAAUCUUGCCACAUCUGAAAUGUGUUACUCACUUAAAAUCUAAGUCACUUAAAGCUAUCUUGGUUUCUGCUCCAUAGUGGCUACUAGAGCAUCCCAUAAUCUACUUGCUUGUAGCAUGCUGCUCUUCUAUGUUAUGACUUGCAAGUUGUGGUCAUUCUAUAUUGUAUAGUUAGGCAAACUGUUUACAUGACAAUAGAAACUGACUUCUUCUGCCAGGAGCCCGCGUCAUUGGUAUACUCUUGUGCAUAUGCCAGAGUAAACAAUGUAUGUGUAUGGAGAUCCCGUGAGACUGCAGGGGCCUCCACUGAUGAUCUCCUGUACUUGCAAUGAGAUGCCAUAGGCAUCAUAGUCUGUCACCUCAUCUUGCCAGAAUUUGUUAGUUGACAUAGUCGCUAUUUUGCCUUAAGCAUAUAUUCUGAUUGGUUAGGAGUGUGAAAAAGUCACAAAGGGACAAGAACAGUACAUGCUACACGUACAUAAAAGGACAUGGUGAGUGUAGUAGGUAAAAAUGUGGUACAAUAUAUGACUGAGUAGGUUAGUAUAGGCCUUUUAAAAUAAUGUGAAGUAAAGAAAAAUGCUUGGGAGACUGGGCUGCUUCAGCUGACUUUCAUGUAAGACUGUAAAAACACAGGCUUUCUCCUCACUGCGCUCUGUAGGCAAGUCUCACCUUGUCACCCACAUUUCCUGUGAUAAGAUCAACCAUGACUAGCGUUGAUGACUUUUACUUAUUGGGUGCCCCACCCCCUUAAAAAUCACUUGACUUUUUAUUUUAUUUUUUUAGAUUUGUUUUGUGUAGAAAAAAAUGCCUUUUAAUAGCUGACCCACACUGAUUUUGCAUCAUGCGACAAAAUUAACAUGUGUACAGAAUGGAAAACAUUAAAUUAUCUAUGGAAAUGUUUAGAUUUAAGUUUUAUUAAGUUCUGCUCACAUUAAUGUUCCUCAACAGCAGAGGCACUUUCAGAAAUGUUUAUUUAACAGGUUUAAAUGCCUUUUUUCAUUUAUGAAUAAGUAAAACCUAUCACAAUGUAUUUAUUUUUCUAUAUUUAUGCCGGGUUUCCAUACGAAAUGCUGAGUGAGCACCCAGCGGCCUGAUUUAGGAAAUGGACUUUGUCCAUGCAGAAGUCAGGGCUGUGUGCAUUCACCCAGGUGGACCGGCUUUCUGAUUGUACUUAUUUGUUUUAAUUUAUUUUCUUAACAUUUAGAUGUUUCAUGCUCCUGCUCACACUUUGAUGUGAGUAUGCAAUUUUACCAAAAUGUAGCCCACAAAGGAGAAGACCAUUUCUGGUGAUUCUUAAAGAUUGCAUGCUGCAUGUGUAAGGAGGAAUAACAACAAGAAUAACCAACAAUACGAUAAUGGCAGUUGAGCUAUGUCUCGCUUCUCAAUAAGGAAUUUCACAUGAAAUCAAUUAAUGAAGAGACACUUUAUUCUUUGACUUAAAUCUAAAAAAGGGCCACCUGAAGCAUGAACGUAUGCAAAAUUUCAAGUCCAUAUCUUCCGUAUUUACAAGGUGGUGAAACAAACGUUCACGCGUCCCUUUGUAAACUUUAACAUUCAAUAUUUCGGUAACCAGGGCACUCUUAAAAAGUGAGGUUAUACUGAACAGACCACUGCCCAAAUUAAUAAAGAACAUUGUUUAGUAGAUAUACCCCCAAUGAAAACAUGCAUGCAUUUACUUAUGCAUUUUCUUGCUGGUGUUCUAUCCAAAAAACGACUUGCGGAACUCUCGUCUGAAGUCUUCACAAGCCCUCCCAUUCUAAUCCCGUCCAGACUUUCAGUGGCUGUCCAAUCACAGUCUUACCAAGGCAGCUCAAUGAGAAGUCUUUGUAAGGCAGGUGCAUUGAGCAAUUGCUAUAUCUUAAAUUUAGCUCUACUGAGCUAGACAGCCAGCCAAGUAAAAGGGAGGAUUGUGCGAAAUUCGAGGAAGUAUAAGGUUAAAUUAUAAAAGUGGCAAUUUCUUUUGAAAUCUGCAUGUUUUGUAAAAUGAAGAGGGGGGAAAAAUAGGACACACUCUUCACAUUUAAUGCACUUUAGGAAUCUGGAGUGCCCAUUGCAGUGGAACAAUCUUCACUCUGCAACGAUCACAACAGACCUUUAAUUUGUGAUUUGACAUGCAAGUCAGAACAUGUUUAAACGUGUUUGUACUAAGAAGAUUACUGUAAAUGGAAAUUCCUGUUUUCUGACUCUAAUAGAAAUCAUGAUGCCAUUGGCAUCUCAUCUUCAAAUUUGGUAGCGUUAAAGCAUAAUAGUGUGUGUGUGUGUGUGUGUAUAUGUGUAUAUAUAUAUAUAUAUAUAUAUAUAUAUAUAUAUAUAUAUAUAUAUAUAUAUAUAUAUAUAUAUAUAUAUAUAUAUAUAUAUAUAUAUAUAUGUGUGUAUAUAUAUAUUUGCAUAUAUAUAUAUAUAUAUAUGUAAAUAAUAUAUAUUUGCAUAUAUAUAUAUAUAUAUAUGUGUAAAUAAUAUAUAUUUGCAUAUAUAUAUAUAUAUAUAUAUGUGUAAAUAAUAUAUAUUUGCAUAUAUAUAUAUAUAUAUAUAUAUGUAUGUAAAUAAUAUAUAUUUGCAUAGGCUCAUAUCUUUUCAGGAUGCCAACUUUUUUUUUUAUUUAUUUUUUUUAAAUACAAAGAAUGUGAGGUUGAGUACCUUGUUUAUUUGACAUGUAAUGUCCCUAUAGUUUCUGCUAGAAUCGGUCAGUGGCUGGAAUCAUGCAGUACAUUUUUAUCUAACAAAUGUUUUAACGUGUCAGGCAGAGUAUAGGUGGUAGUUAAAGGGGCAGAUAAUGCAUUGAUCAUGGCAGGUGUGUUAAUGAUCCGUGGCACUUGUGAAUUGUCACAUGUAGACGAUGAAGUGCAGGCAGCCUAUUGGAAAUUAGCAACCCAAAUAUCUUUUGUGUGCUAAAUUACACUUUUAAUUGCAAUCGCUGCAAUUAUCACUUAUGUAAGAUUUUAUACACAAUUGUAUAAAAACUCCCAAAGCCUAGCACACGGACUUGUGCUUACGCAUUCUCGUGCUUUCUCCAUAUAAAAUGAAACUUAAAAAUAAGUAAGGUGUCAUGGCCCCUGGCUCGCAGCUGCACGUGGUCGCACCCGAUCAGUGCGACCACACAGAUAGGUAUAAGAGCUUACCUGUGCAGCAGCGAGUCAGGAGCCGACCCGCUGCGGCAUCUGUCUCCAUCACACGCGGGAUCCAAAAUGGUGCCGACCACGAGGUCGCGCCCAUUUGAAGCCCCGCCUCCAAAGGUCACGCGAACAUACGUGUGACGUUACGACGCACACGCACGUUCUGGAGUCAGAGGCCAAGCCCUGACCAAUCACAGCCCAAGGAGGGAUAUUUAAACCCCUGAAUUUCCCUAGUUCAUUGCCUUGUCGUGGUUUCCGUUCCUGGUUCCUGAGAGUGUGUUUUCUUGUGCCGGUAUUCUGACUUUGGCUAUUCCUGACUAUUCUGAUAUCUGGUUUUCCUGACUUGGCUUUCUUAUUGAUCCUGUGACCUUUGCUUUCCCUUGACCGUUCUCUGACUUUCAACGUAUUAAUCUGGCCAUUCUAAGGACCAGUUUACAUUCUGUCUAUUUUUGUAUUCUAUGUAGAUGUUACAUAGUUUUGCGUGUUGAAUCACAUUAGUAGUCAUGAAAUAAGGCUUCAGGUGCAAAUACUUUAUGGCUGGGCACAUAGUCUACAUCAACACAUUGGACCCACACCUACCUUGAGAAGGCUUUUUUUGUUAAAAGUGAAUUUAUAAUUCAAAACUUUUAGAUGAAAGAGGGGGGAUGCUGUUUUAGCAGUCCUGAUUACAAAACGAAUAAUAUAUAUAUAUAUAUAUAUAUAUAUAUAUAUAUAUAUAUAUAUAUAUAUAUAUAUAUAUAUAUAUAUAUAUAUAUAUAUAUGUGUGUGUGUAUGUAUAUGUGUGUGUGUAUGUAUAUGUGUGUGUGUGUAUGUAUAUGUGUGUGUAUAUAUAUGUAUAUGUGUGUAUAUAUAUGUAUAUGUGUGUAUAUAUAUGUAUAUGUGUGUGUGUGUAUGUGUAUGUGUGUAUAUAUAUGUAUAUGUGUGUAUAUGUAUAUUUUAUUUUUAUUUUUUGGGGGAUUAAAGGGACUCUCCAGUGUCAGGAAAACAUAUUGGUUUUCUUGGCACUACAGGAGCUUGCAGUGCCCCUCUCCCUCCCACCCCCCCCAUCCCAUGUUGCUUAAGUGAUUAAACCCCCUUCCGUGACUUACCAGAGUCCAGGGCCGAUGCCCCUCAGGCUCAGUCUACUCUUCUCCCCCGACAACGUCAGCCGGCGUGGGGAGACCUAAUUCGCAUGCACGGCAAUGGCCACGCUCGCGCAUCAGUGCUUUCCAUUGGGGAUUUCGGCGACGCUGGAAGUCCUCACAUAGCAUGAGGACGUCCAGCAUCAUUUAAAACACUUUCCGUGUUCUAAGGACUUAACCCUGCAAGUUAGUUAUUGCAGUUUAUAAAAACUGCAAUAAUUACACUUGCAGGGUUAAGGGUGGUUGGAGUUGGCACCCAGACCACUCCAAUGGGCAGAAGUGGUCUGGGUGCCUGGAGUGUCCCUUUAAGUUACCGCUGAGCCAAUCCUAGUUUUCUGUCUCUGUUCUCUGGUGUUGGGAAGCCAGUGUUCAGAGUCUAGUGCAUCCCAAGGCAGCAUGUACCAGGCUACUGUGGGAUUGCUUCAUAAUGAAGUACAGCAAAAAUGUUUGGCUAAAGUAUAGCUAGGGUAAGAAAUAGCAUCAAAGUUUGACACUGGUCUGCGUGGUGACACAAAUAUUGAUCAUCACCAGGUAGCCUUUCUGGGAAGCAAGUUUUGGACAUGUCUCCAAUACUAAUUUUUUUUAAUUCUCCAAAAAUCUGGCCAUGAUAUACAUUUGAUUUAUUAUGGUACUCUGAAGUCUUAGAGGUUUUUGAUAAAACAAUUAAAUUAAGUGUCUGAAUGCUCUUGGUUAAACACCCUUGGGGAUGGGGGGUCUUGUUACUACCUGUACAUCAUGCUGUUUUUUGGAUUCUGUGACUACGCCUCAAUUUGUGAUAUCAGCAGAUUUGUAAAGUUUUUGGUCCUCAUUGUAAAAUAAAAAAAGUGAAAAAAGUGCUGUUUUCAAUAGAUAUAGGUGGUUUUAUAAAUUAAACUUGUGACAACCCCCUGCUGUAACAGGACAACUGGUCAUGUUACUUCCUGGUUUGAUUAGCUCAGUAGAUCUAAACUCAUGAGGCAGCAAUUGCCCAGAUCACCUGCCUUGCAAAGACUUCUCAUUGAGCUGCAUUGGGAAAUCUGUGAUUGGACAGCCACAAAGUCUGGGUGGGGUUAGUAUGGGAGGGCUUGAUAGAUAGUAUAAUGUAAAAAUAUAAUUUCAAAGAAAUAGCGUAUCAACAGAACACAUUACUUUGUAUUGCUUAUUAAGGGUGGCCUAGUUGUUAUGAUUUGUGUAAUUAUGUUUACUGUAAACACGCUAUUUAAGUGUGAUUAAAUUAUUUUUAAAAUCUAGAUUGUGGGGGGCAUGUUUUUUUGUUUUUUUUUUUUUUUGCUUUAGUAAUGUGCUCCUUCCCUGUAGUCAAGUCUACAUUUUAACAGCAGUUUGCAUGACUCAUGUUUUCAGUAUUGCUGGCAUUCAACUGGUUAAAAUUAGAUUUCCAAACUUUAUUUUGUUUUGAAGGAAAGUUUGAAUGGCAGAUGAAGCAGGGCACAGCUUGUCGCUGGAGUUGUCUCUCACUGUGGUUUUUGUGAACUCUGAAAAUUUGUUCAUGUUGAUGGGCAGCACAAAGAAUGUCUGCUCCAGAAUUCAUCUCUGUUUGAUGACCUGAUUUGCCUACUGUAGUAUUUAAGUUCUACAUAGCACAGGGGACAGAUUUUCAGAUAUACAUGUGCUGACCACCAUUAUUGAUUUUUUGUUUUGUGUGUCCAUAGAAGCAUGGUGGAUAAGUUCAAUUGGGUUGUGACGAUCAAUAAAAGAAAUCAAUGGCUGGAUUUGUUUACGCUUCUGCUUUGCAAGUGCAGACCAGAACUUUGCAUUUUACAAUGGGCCCCUGACACAUUACAACUUUAAUUGGGCUUGCUCUCUUGCUGCCAUUGACUUGCAAAUGGUCUGGCUGCAUUGACUUUGAAUACCUCUCCAAAUGUAUGUAAAUGUGUCUAGCUAAUGAAUACAAUUUGGGAUGUGUCAUCUGUAAAUGUUUGCAGUUAACAGAACCCUGCUUUCUGUUGGUCCUUUAAAUAGAUUACGAUCCAUAAUAUAGUGAUAAGGCAUCAGUGCCCCCAAAUUAGCGAACUAAAUCAUGCAUUCUUCGGCAAUUGUUUUCCAGCCCAUUCUCAUUACCUUUGAACAUGGCUUUGAACUUCGGAUAACUAAAACUGUUAAAAUUGUUAGUUUGGUGACCAAGAAGGUAACACUUAAUGAAGAAACCAGAACUUCAAAGGGUAACUGUGCAUUGAAGCCAGACACCACUACUGAUAAAUUGAAUGAGUCAAUCUUAAUUACAGAGAUUGGACUGGUUCAUAAUACCAAUGUACUACUGAAUCUUCCUAUUGUGCGCUGAAAUGACCUGUUGAAUAAACCGCAGGACUGCAUGGUGCUGUCCCUGAGAUCCUAGCAUGUACAGUGCUGUUACAGAUCACUACAGUCACACUUCUAUCAGUCUGUCAGCUAGCUUAGUUCAUUACAUAAGAUUGGUUAAGAAGGUUAGAUAAGAAGGGUUACGUGAGGUCACGAUGUAGCGCUUUAUUGGCUUGUGGACUGUUUCCAGCUGUGGAAGACCUUGUGCGGUGACUGGGAGCGGUAAGUAGGUUAUUGGUAAAUAACAAGACCGAUGGCUAUUAUCAGAAAUAUGCCACAUAUCUGCUCUAAUAAUUGGUGGAAACGAUAAUCGGUCAAUCCCUAAUUAUUGUAACGUGAUCAGUAGGAAAGCAUCAGAGAGCAGCUCUGUCACCUUCUGGGGUCUUUGCAUAUUUUGAGAAGACACCCAAUGGUGACUUUGGCACUUAUGCUAUGGUGGCUGAAAAUGCAUGUAUUUAACUAGAUAAAACGAAUGUUAAGCUCACAAACAUCCAGACUCAAGAUGUACAAGGAAUGUGCACAAAGGAGUAGAAUGAUAAUUGGUUAUUUAAGGUAUGGCUCAAAGGCCUCACUUCUGAAUUAUGGUGUGCUGCUCGCUCGCAUAUAAUAAACUAAAUACGAUCUUCAAAAUAACAAAUUAAUAAAAGUAAACACUAGUUUGGAAUGAAUAGUCCAAGUAGAUGAAUACUGGCUCCAACUUUUCAAAUCCAGUUUUUUAGCCGCACUCUCUAGAUAUUUCAAGUAGAACUCUGAAAGUAAAAAGCUCAAUAGAAAAAUCUACCUUUUAUUAAAGUGUUGGCUUAAGCUUAGAAACCUAGGGGAAAGGAAAUGUGACAGAAUGUGAUUCAUGCAGAUAUACUGACACUUUAAUAAGAUUUUAAUUUCUUUUUCUACUGCCUGUGUUUUCCAUGACACAUGAAGUGAGUGCAGCUGUGGGAGAGAAAUUGGAAGUUUGGUUUGACAACCUCGUACUGUCCAACAUCAAAGUAACUUUUAUCAUAUAUGGUAGGGCAUGUAUAAACCCAAUAUGUAUAACAUGUCUUUCCUCUCUUGCUUUGUAUCUAAACUCCUUCACUCUUACAACACUGCUUGUAUUUCCAUGUAUAUCGCCCCCUUUUUGUUCUUCUUGUAACUAGUUUUAAUUUCUUAUGUUGUAAGGGGACAAUGGACUCUAAAUCAUUGCAGCCUCUGUUAACCCUAGUGCAAAGGUCCACAACCUAUGGCUUGGGUACCGUGCAUAGCACUCAAGGCUGUUAGAGCUAUAAAAUAGCUAUAAAAUAGUGCCAGUGGAACUUCAGUUAUUGCUCGUGCAAAAAGGUAAUGAGGGUCAAUCCUCAAUUUCCACACUGGAGAAGAGCAGUCUGUAGCAGCUAUCAUAUCUCCUUGUACCUGGCCAGCCCAGUCCCCACUGGACCCAAGGAACCCACCAUCACUGCUAGAAUAUAUACAGAGUUACAGAAUAAGCCUCCCCCCACCCCCAUACAGAUAAUGCAAAGAGCCCAUUCACAACACCACUGACAAUCCAUAUACACGCACACAACCCCAUAAGCAGCUCUCAUAUGCAAUACCACCAACAGCCCCAAAUACACAAACCACCAAACACCCUAUGCAGCCCAACUACUAACAGACCACAUACACACAAAUACAGAACUACAAAGCGACUACACCCAUAAAUAAUAAGUGCGAUACAGCAACAUAUAUACAUCUCAAUUUAAAAAAAAUAAAUAGGACUGGCACACAUGGGACUUUAAGAUCUGGUUUUAGCACAGUACUACUAAAAGGUUGUCUACCCCUGCCCUAGUGUCUACUAGGAGAGCACGGAGGUGUGCUAUGGUUAUCACACCUCCUUUUCCUUAAAGAAAUUUUACAAAUCAUUCCCCUAACCAAAACAUAAGCUGGUUUUUAGGAAUGCCUUAAAGAGGCACUGUCACCGUCUAGGCACAUUGCAUAAUUUGCAAGUGGCACUCGGUGACAUCACUGCUGGUGGACCCGUGGCCUGGGUAGGCAGGCAAAGUUGAGAUGUAGUUACCUGAAACUUUUCCUCAAAGGCACCGCCAUAAUCUUCUGGCCUGUCCUUUUGCGCCAGGUGCUGACAUCACUGCUGUACUCUGACUUAAUAAAUCUCACAUGUUACUGCAAGUACAUUUAUUUACAUGUAGUAAAAUGAAGAACUCUAUGCCAGAUGCAAAAAUUACUAUACAUUUAGUAAUAAACUAAUCCUACAAUCAGGUGUUAGAGCCUAUAAAUCCACAUAAAAAUAGAAGUUUCACCACCUGAUUAAGUGAAUUUUUAUUAUUUAACACACAUUAUAUUAAAACUGACAGUCAUUUCCUGUAACUGAAACCUUGAAAUAAAAUGUAUGUAUAUUGAGGGACAUUUAAUAGUUAACAGGGCUCCCUUUGUCAGCCCAGUCUGUGGCAAUUUGAUUAAUGCAGACUCUCAAAACAGGAUACUUGGUCAUUAUCUGUAAUUGUUUUUAUCAGAUUACUAGCAACUUUUAUCAACAAAACUGAUGAAAAAGGUGGGUAAACUUUUAGAUAAAAUUAUAUCAAUUACACAAUAGAAAAAGGUGCAUUAAUUGGCUAGAUAUAAGUGAAUUCAAUUUUGCAACAGCUGAUGCUGUGUGUGUGCCAUAGUGAGUUAGACAAAAUAGCAUAAAAACCUCUCAUCAGGGGAUGCUAUUGAACACUCGCUGCUUUUUUGGAUCUGUGGAUAAGUGCAGAGGCUACAUUAAAAUAUGCACUUACCAUAAGAUUGCUCCUUCUAUUUUUGUUAGAAUGUAAUGUGAACAAGAUGCAAGGAUCAAUUGCUUCACAAGAUCUGCUCAUCUACUCGCAGAUCUCCUUACAUUGUAUGGUCAUGGGCACCAUUGGUGUAUGCAUACAACUUUACAGAAAGCAGGGCCGUCUGACUGACACUGACGGACACACACUUUACACUUGGCCACCCUUCAUGUUCUUGCCUUUCGCUGGAGGGUGGUUUCCCUGGGGUCCAAUAGCAGGUUGAGGCCUGGCCCCCUCCCACUUGCGACUGUCACUUCCUCACAGGCUGCUAAAAAGAAAGGGGUCCGGUCGCGCUGUUACAGCGCCCAAAUGGUUCCCUGUUGACACAUGCCCACCAUGUGGUCCUUAAGUGCGUGUGCCUCAUUAGUGUGCAGGGAGGUGCAGUUGCACCGCCGGGUUCAGAGGGCUGCUUAACCCUUUAAGGACCAAACUUCUGCAAGAAAAGGGAAUCAUGACAUGUCACACAUGUCAUGUGUCCUUAAGGGGUUAAAUAAAUUGCAAGCAGCGGGUACCCCUGAAGUAACUUGGCACAGGGCAGCUGCCCUGUUUGCCUUGUGUUAAAGAUGGCUCUUACAGAUAGACUAGUGUAUGUGAAAUUGUCCUCCAGUGGAAGAAUUCAUGGGAUAAGGUCAUUCUGAAAAGGAAAUUGGCAAACUGCACUUUCACAAUGAAAUGGACUAACUGUCCCUUAUCUUUUGCAAUUUCGCAAUGUCUGAAAGGUAACUGCUUCAGCCAUACCAGCAUUGCUCUGGAUAAUCUAAGUCAGAAAUCAUACCCCUGUGACGUAAUGAGCUUAAAUAGAAAACCAGGAAGUUCUUCCAAGCUGCUGAUGCAAAGAAUACUAAAUAGGGUGAUUUAUAAUAAAUAAAUAUAUAUAAAAUAGUUUUGUGGGUUUUAUUUUUUGGGUGGGGAAGGGUUUUAUUUUUCUCAUUUCCUUUUUUUUUUAAUUAUGACAAAAUGACCAUUGAUGUGUAUUGAAUUUUAAUAUUCUCCUGAUCUCCAGCCAGUUUAUUGUAAUGACAUUCCUUUCUUAUUGAGCUCCCUACUAGUAAAAUCGUUCACUUUUUAGUCGUUCUCUCUAAAGCAUCUGUUAUGUAUCUUCGUUCUUUUUCUGUAAGUUAGAUCAGUAUGUACGUUGGGGCAAAGUAUUUGCAGAUUUGGUUAUUUUCCUGCUUGAGGCCCCCACAUGUGCCUCCUUCUGUUUACUGGGCUCAACCAAAUAUUUUUUAGCAUAGUCUGUUGAUUUAGGUAUCUGUUUCUCAACCUGUAGUAUGUUUACACCCCUUAAUCUAUGUGAAGUUUUAUUUUUUUAACUGCAUAGAAGGAAACGCAAUUCCUUCCAGCGUCUGAUCAUGUAAUGGAAAGGGAUACACAUAUGUUAAACAACCGAAAGGUAGUAUUUUAGUCCUGUUUAAAAUUAAUUUAGCUUGUUUCUUUUUGAAUUGCAUAGAGCUCGGGGUUUCUUUCUUUCUUUUUAUUUAUUUUCUCCCCUUCUGCCUCCUGAGACUUCCCAGCCAUGAAUAAACCAAUGGUAAGGAGCCAUUUCAAGUAACCUUCCAAAAAUUGAAAGCACGAGAUGUGGGAUAAAAAGGCGUCCUUUUUUUUUUUUUUCUCUCAAAGCCUAAUCCUCUUGACUGAACAAGAUAAACUUGACACUUGAGCUUUGCUUUCCUCUUUACAAUAUUCAUAUUUACUUCCAAACAUAUUUUUUACUCCUCAGUUUGGCCUCUGAAGAUACAAGUCUGACUGUUUCAAUUUUUUUUUAUCAAAGCCCAUUGUUUUUAUUUUAUUUUUUUUCUUCAAGAAACACUUUGGGUUUGGACGCUAGAGAUUACCCACUGCACCACACCCUAGGUUUGGACAAUGCUUGUGUGUUAUUUUUUUUUCUGCAAGUACCUCUUCCCUUUCCCGAGUAACAAAAAAUAAUUUAAAAAAUCUGGAAGAUAAUAAAUAUAAUAUUUUUCCUAUAUUUUACCAGUUAGAUUUCAAUUUGCUAUAUUUUGGGCUGUAGUGAAUUAACCCUAUGGAAUUGUUUCAUUUUUAUCUAUUUUUUUUUUUCUGCAAUGUAUUUUAGUCUGGAAUUUAAACCCUUUUUAGCUCGUUUGCAACUGCCUGUUUAGUGAAUAAGUCUUUUUGUAUGCCAGUUUACAAGCCUGCUUUUAAAAAAAAAAAAAAAAAUAAAAAAAAAAUUAAUUUGUCUUACAAACUCUUAAACAGACGAUUUCCUUAUUUGGCAUCAGAUGCUGUGUAGUAUAAACUGUGAACAUUCAGUGAUUUCGUCCUGCAAGCUAAACCAGUCAUUUAGAAUCCUGGGCAUGCUGUAAACAUACACUAAACGUUUUGGUCUGACAUUUUGUACCAAUAACCAAGUCAGAGGUAGAUUGAUGAGUUUGCAAGGGAUAAGAGGCUUACAAUGGAUGAAUUCAGUCAUCCAGAUAUACGCUUUACUGGAACCUUGCAGAAAGGUUCAAAACCACAACCGCAGUGAGCAACAGCAGCCGUUUUUAUGAGGAGAAAAUUACUUUUGGAUGCUCAGGAAUUUGCAGAUGGGUGAGGAGAAAAUUCUCCACUAGUCCCUGGAACAGUUAAAGAUCUAUUGAGACAUUUCCGGUAGUUGGUAAAUGCUCAUAAAAUGAAGUAUUUUUUUGUCUUCUAAAAAUCUACAUUGAUCACCUUAGUUCUUUAGCCACCUAUGGAGAAUAUUAAACAAAUUUAUUUCUGAAAUGUUUAAUCAAGAAGUUAUUUCUAACUAAACAGCCUUACAGAAAUGAGUGUUAUACUGGUGCAUCUCUAAAGAAGAUAACAAUGUAUGCAUGUGUGUGGGUUCAUCUGUCUUUAUUAAUUAAUUGAGAAUUGUCAAUAAUUUGCCUGGUCGUUGCAAAUAUCAGAUCAAAAUAACUAGACUUAUUAAAAAAAAAAAAAAAAAAAAUUUAAGCCAGUUUGUUUGGAAUCCAUAUCUUAAAAAAAAUUAGUACAGGAUUUACCUCUGGGGUCAUUGAAUAAGACGUCACAGGUAAAUACCAGAUGAAUACUUUAAGUUCAGGUGUGGAUUUAAAGAAAUUUGUCUCGGACGUACCGAACACAAGUCUGAAAAUAAUUAUGCUGAAAAAAUGCCCCAAGUAUAUUUUCCAUCUCUGCUAUUGUAGACUAAUAUUUUCAAUUCUUUUGUGGUUUGUCCCUUUAAAUUAAUUCUUCUUUCAGGUAUAACCAGUGGCAUAGCUUUGUGCAUUUCCAGAUAUUUCCAUAAGCCUUUACUACAUUUUAGCUAUCAAGGAUUCCAUCAAGCCCAUCAGUAACCAGAUCACAGAAGGUCACUGAUACUAAUUGACUUACACGAUGAAGGCAUGUACCCUGUGGCCGCCUUCCUCGUGAGAAAUAUCCUGUUCUUUAAAAAAACAUGUUGAUCUGAACACAUGCGCCUCUGGCUACAAUAAUUUCUUAGCCACGAACCUCAAAAGGUUAGUCUUUUGCAAAUACAUCAAUGAACUCUACAUUUGAUAUUGUGUCAAUUAGGUUGAUAAAACAUAAUACUAAGUAUGACACUUGACUGCUUUCUUUUUAUGUAUAACAGAAUAAGCUUAAAAGUAAGUAGUUGAAAGUAAAUGCAUCUCACAUAUUCAGGAGCAAAAUGAUUUACCCGGAAAUGUUGUAAUUUACUCAACAUUCACAUUUUAUGAGCUAAGCAUCUCUGCUCUGAGCCCUCCAAAUAUGUGCUGCUUAGGAUUUUGUGAAUAAACAAAAUGUGUCCCUGUAUGGGAAUAUUUUUUUUUACAGAAUUGUGUCUUUGUUUCUAUUAUAAAAUUCAAUGCUCUACCAUCUAAUGUUUAAUACAAAAAAAGGAGCAUCUCGAGGGACCAGGAGAGCUAUCGGGUUACAGCUUGUUAUAAGAGAUAAUUCCUUGCUAACCCGAAUCAGGCCAUAUAAUAACAGAAUCACAGAGCUUCACAGGCCAGUUUGUGUGUGGCCUAAAUUUCGGAAUCCUCUCUUCAACAGAUGUAUCGGAUGAGGGUAAGGUUACUUCAUACACUGACUUAUCCUAUUCACUAAUCUAAUACUUAGCCUUUGUGCUACCUUUUUUCUUUUACCUUGGAAACUGUUAUGGUCUUCAAAAACCUAUUGUUUGGGCUUAAAAAUUUAAUUCAACAAACAUGUACUCCCUGUGCUCAGAAGCACAGAUGUGUACAAGCUCAUUUUAGGAGUCUGAUACUUUUCAAAUUGUGUUUUGGUUUUGUUUUCAAAAGGAAAAGCUAUCAUCAUAAAGCAUGCUGGGAACUACCCAUCAUGCCAUUAACUGCAUUCCUUAACUGUUUUUGAAUGGUUUUGGAAUUGUGUGCAUCUGAGCUCAACAUUUCCACCCACUACUAGCCGUUUUAGAGAGAAAACUUAGCCCUGAUAAGUAGAAAUUCACCCCUGGUGAGUGUGCAGCGGACCCUCUAGACUUGCAGUGGCGGGUACAUUUUAAGGUUUGGCUAGUAGCAUAGGGUUGGAAAUUAAUUUAAAUUUUUUUUUACAAAAAAUUGAAUUCUUCAAAAUUGGAGUUUGUUACACAAUACAAAAAUGCAGUAUCAACAUAAUGUGUAGGUACGCAGGUUCUUUUGCAAAGCGAACGUGAAAUAACCGCGUGAACAGGACAUUACAAACAAGUUCAAUAAAUCACAGUAACACGUUUCAACAGGACUGUAGGAAAAGUCCUCUCAAACCCAGAUAUAAUAAGUGUUUAAGAACAGCAAGAUGUGGGUACUGAGAGGUCAGUGUCUGAAGAGGCUAAGAACAGGAUGAGGAUAAAGAGGAGAGGAAAAAAAAAGAGGGGGGGGGUCUCUUGUCCUUUUCUUUCCUCCUUUCCACUCCAGCUAAAAAACUAAAUAUAAACGACCAGGGGCAUUGAUAUGGUGAGGUAGCACUGUUUUCCUAUAACUGGUGGUCGGAAUGGGGAAGGAGUGCAGCAAGUAAACCUUGGGAGAAAGUUACGGAAAAGGCUUUGAGCAUGGUGAGAAUUGCAUGUUUGUUCUUGCAAAAGGGCUGAAUGAGGGGAAACUGCGACCAUAUUUGAAAUAAAGUGCCUAUCUCCAGCACUCUGGGUCAUAGCGUAAGGCGAAAGUGGCCUGUUUUUUUUAAGAUGUUUUAUACCAGUUAAAGAGCAUCUUAAAUCUGGAUUAUUGAUAUCUCGUGUUAAUUUAUGAUUUAUGAGUGAGAGAAAAUAAUUCUUUCCGUUGCUAUGUGGAGAAGGUGCGACCCAGGCAUCUCUCCUAGUAUUUUACAAAAUAGGGAAGUUGUGUGUUGUUGGGGAGAAGUCAUGUAGUUGUACAGUUGUGAGAUGGCAUAAGUAGGGGAGUUGACUGAGUGCGCACACACACACACACCAUGAAUGUGUAGUAAAUGCAGCUUUUUGGUUAUGCAGUUACCAAAGUGUAAGACAUGAGUAGUAUCUUUUUCUUGAGUUUACGAUACUUGUAGUCCUGCCAUUUUAGGAUGUAGAAGGUUUUAUGUAAAGCUAUUUUAAACAGAUUUAUUAAUUUAUUUUUUUAAUAAAUUAACCUAAUGGCAAGAAAUCUGUGCUUGAUUUAUUCAUUUUAUAUGUUUUGACAUCCUUGUCUAUUUUUAUUUGCUUUGUUUAUGUUUUAUACUUAUAUUUCUAUGUCUCAUGUUAUUGCAUGACAUCACAGUAUGAGUCAGUGCUUUGAUUAAUGCAUAGAUCAUGCUACACAUUAUCUUUUCAAUUAUACACUCUUGUUACACUUAUUCGACAUCUCACAUACAACAGUAGAUUUGAAACAUUUGAGCAACCAGAUAGGACAUUUUGGCAUGAAAUUCAUUGAAGUUAAAUACCUCCAAAUGCCUUUUUUUUUUUUUUUGGUUUCAUACCUUGAUAUGAAGGGACACCCAGACACAAUUACUGCAGCUUAUUGUUGUGAUUAAGGUGGAAAGAGGCUGAAUGAAGUAAUACGUCUAAAGAUGUACAGUGCGAGUCGAACUGUUUGAAAACUGGUAUUCUCCUAGCAUCUACAAUUGGCUAUAGUAAUUAGUUUAUUUUUUUUUUUGCUUGGAGUGUCACUUUAAAGGACAACAAUCAUUAAAUUUUCACUUCUCAUUUUUUAGAAAUUACAUUAUUUAGUGAAACUUAAUGAUACUUUUGAAAAUGAUGUACAUCGAGGUUUUUUUUUUUUUUUGGUUGGUUUUUUUUGGGGGUGGGGGGGGGAGUGAGAAAAUUUAAACUUGAUCUGUGUGAGCAGCCAUGUUGGGUCAAACUCUGUUAUCUGACCAACUGCUGCAGUUUCACACACGGCAAUCACAGCCGCUGGCUUGUUAGGUUGAGCAGCCAUGUUGGGUCAGAUAACUGUAGAAUUCCACCCACAAAAAUAGUUUUCUUUAACCCCUUAAUGACCAAACUUCUGGAAUAAAAGGGAAUCAUGGCAUGUCACACAUGUCGUGUCCUUAAGGGGUUAACAAUAAUGAAAUCAAUACUUUAUUUUUAAAAAUAUAGUUACUUUUUCAAUAAAUGUAAUGAACUUUGAAAAACGAGAAUUUGAUGAAAGUUGUUUCAGGCAACUUGGCUUUUCCCACGCGAUGACAUCUUAUUGAGUGGUGAAGUUGUGUAGCUAGAGUUAAAUUGCGGUACCUACAUUAGCACAUUUAUAUUAAGGGGAUACGGUGAACCUUUCAACUGUAAAUUCCUUUAACAAUUUUUUUUUUUUUUUUUUAAUUAAAGUAUUUCUAAAUAAUAAAGAUAUAUUGCUGCUAUAAAGGAACCUUAGAACAAUGCAUACACACCACAAUGGGGCUUUGUGUAACUCUUAAUGGGUUACUCGAUUACAGGCCAUCCUUUCUUCUCUAUUCUGUACAUUUGUCGUAAAAACUUAAGAGCAUUUUGUGUUUCUCAGCCUUUCCACGAACUCCAUAUUCUGCAUGUUUUUGGACGGUUUGCUAACCAUCUAAUUUUUAUGUCACAGAGAGACAUCUGUUUAAAAACUUUCCCUUAAUGAGUGUAUUUUAUCCACUUUUCUUUCCAUUAUGAUCUUUAACAGUUCUAAAGUAUGUGCUUAAAAACACCGACUGAAUUGUUUGGAUAGAUACCAUGACCUUGAUAGCCAUGACCUUGUAAAGUCACUGUUUGUCAUGAAACGUCUUCCUUGACUUGUUGCCCCCUUAACACAGGAGAUAACGCUCCUUCAGUCUGUAUGUCAGAAUGACCUUUUCAUUUCAUUAAUUUUCAGGCGGUUGUAUUGUUUUUACAAGGACCGUGUAUAUUGCAGGCCUCACCAUUUGUUUUUAACCUUCCACUCGUUUGGUUUUUGUGCGAAUAGACAGGUGACUUUUUUGUUGUAGCUGCUAUGCCUGGCAAAUGAAUUUGUAAUCAACAUUUGUAAUAUAACCUAAUGAAUAACUUAGUAACCGGAUUAAAUUUCUAUUGUCAUGGCAAUAUUAUAAAAAUUUCCAAGUAUUUUUGCCAGUUAUUUCCAGCAAAUUCCUGGGCUCGUAAUGAAUAUCUCAUGCCAUCAUCACAACCUGACCUUAAGUGAUCUAUACCUUUCUGAGAUAUUCAUAAUGCAGAAGGAAAAAAAUACUCCUCUGUCCAAUCUAAGUGACCAAGUGGCCUUUAUUUAGGCAUAGAACUGUCCUGGGAAUCUUUCCCCCUAAGGUUUUGACAAAUACUUUUAGAUUAAAACAUUUCCAGGUCUGUCUUAUGGCUAAAUAAAAGGUCAUUUGGUCGCAGAGAUUGGACUGAGGGUUUUCUUUAUUGUGUAUUAUUAUUAUAGGGUUCCUACAUGUUGAGGUCUCUUCUUGACAGUCUCUAUUACUUUUUGUGCACUUCCCGGCAUUGUGAUUGUGCCAUUAUAGAAUGCCCUACUUAUCUGGUGUUUGCUGCUCUGUGCCGCCCUGACAUUCUAGUCUACAGCACGGUCUUUUAUGGUUGGUUUGUUAAGGUAGAAUUAUUUAGCCAUUGGCUAUUAUGUAAAUAAAAGAACCCAAUAGAUUUUAACAUUACAUAGUUCUGUGUUUACAUUGUUGUUGGAAGUAUAGUCCAGCUUGCUCUAAAGCUUGAUAAAUCUGUUGUCCAAAAGCUACCUAAAGCAAUUUGCAUUUUUUUUUUUUUAUUAUUUUCAAAUAUCUAUCAAAUAUUCAGUUAUGUGAGUUUAAAUGGGGCAUGUUUUGUUAUACCUGAUCUGCAGCAACCUAGACGUGGAUGAGAACUUUUAGCCAAAACUCAUUCCUUCCCAACAAAUUGGAAGACUGUACAUGGAAAGUAUUUCCUUCUGGGAAUAAAUUGGUCCGAUAUAUGCAUGCUCAGCACCCACAUGAGAGGACAUAUUUAAACAAGAGAAAUGCUGUGUAUCUGCAUUUAGUAGUUCGCUUCCAAAGAAGCACAGAAUUCUGUGUGUUUGAAAGGUUAUAAAUAGUGUUGCAUAAGGUGAGGUACUGGAUCAUAUAUAUACUUUUUUUUUUUUUUUUUUGCAUUGCGGAUCUUAAAUUCUAAAUCCAUGACAUUAUUUGUUCCCAAAUUCUCAGAUCUUUGCAGGAGGACAUGAAAAGACGUUUAUGUAGCUUGAAACUUUUAUUUAUGUUCACUGUAUUUGCCUUACUGCCAUCUGCUCAUAGUUAUUAAACAUUCCUUUGGUGUUGAUCUUUGUGGGUUUAUUUAGGGGAAAAAAACAAGUUUCUUUUUAAUAGGUUCAAAACAAGAAAGAAGCCUGUAGGCGAUGUCCACAAUCUGUUACUAGCAAAUAGCUGAUUUGAGCAAUAAGACAAAAAAAAAUGCCAUAACAUGACUCAAGAAACCACAAAAUAAUGUAGCAUGAUUCAUGUUCCCUUGUGAAUAUAGGAAUCUGAUUAGUAAAGAAGCCAGGCAGAAGACCUUAUAGACAUAUGACCUACAUGAUGAUAAUCAUGUGCUUAGUGAGUUUCACCCCUUGUGGGGAUCUUAAUGUACAUUACAGUAAGUUGGCCCAUUGACCAACUGAACUAUCUUACCCACUAGAUUGUCUUAUCAAAAUAAUUCUAAUAUCCAUGGAAGGAACGUUAAAGUUCUUUUAUGUUUUGCAUAUGUUCCAGGAAGUAACAGUCAAAGUGCAACAUAGGUCAAAUAAAAAAGUACAUUGUGAAAAUUUUAGAAUAAAGCGAUGAGUAGAAGAAGAGAACCAAAGAAUAAAGGUGAAUUUAAUGGUAAUGUGAGAUGAGGUAGGAAAGGAGUGCAUGUGCUCCAUGCCUGAAAUAACCACUUACAUUUAAUGCAUUAUACAGAAAACUAAGUAGUAUAUUCAAUUUAUAUAGGGACAAAAAUGUAAAAUAUACUCUUCUAAGCAUUUUUCUUUAACAAUCUCAUGUGAGACCAGGCAGACCGGAGGUGGGUGCAACAGGAAGAGUCACACCAAUGAAGUUCAGUCCAAAGUAAAUGUCCAUAGGCACCACAGUAAGUCACCAUUGCCUGAGCUUAAUGGAUAGCCGAGAUUAAUGGUGGUGAUGUACACAGAUCAAUAUGUUAGCUGUUGCCUGUAAAAAUGGAGUACCAUGAGAAGGAUCUGAUGAGCAAAAUAGAAAGUUUAGGCGUCAAGCCAUGAGGCCGAAACUUAGUUUUUUGUUCAUUGAUCCAGUAAACUUCACUAUUGAUUCCACCUCACUGUGAUGCCUAUGGACCUUUACUUUGGACUCGGCAUCAUGGGUGUUACUCUUCCUGUUGCACCCACCUCCAGUCUGCCCUGUCUCCUCAGUGAUUUGCCCUGCUUGUGAAUGCUUUCCUAAACAAGGCAAUUGACGUCAAUUCUUUACCAGCAUGCCGGUGUCUGAAUGGAGUGACGUCAUGUCUAGUGUUGGCAGCAUGAAGCACAGCGUGUACAUGCUGUGGAUGCAAUGUGUGGCGAGCAGAAGGACCAAUUUUGGAAGUCUAUAUGCCGAAUUAAUGGCUGACAGGUGGAAGUAAAUCCUAUAUUUUUUUAAUUUAUUUUUUUAAAUAGAUGCUUUGCCAAAACUAUUUAUUUGGAUUCUAUUUAAAAAGAGCAUAAAAUGUAGCAUGACAGUGUGUCCUUUACACCAGUCUUUAAUCGCCUGUAGAAAAAUAUGGGAAUUGCGUGAUAUCCAAGCCUGCUACAGAAUUAUGCUGCAUGCACCGACCCAGUCACUCCCAGUAAUACUGGGCAUAAUUAUUGGUCCUACCUUUAGCAUCACUUUCCGUAAGGAAAAAAAAUGAUGGAGAAAUUAAAUUCUACUAGACUUUUAUUUUCAACAAGUCCUAACAUGUCUGCUAAAUAAGCUUUAAUAUGCAUGAAAAGUGUCCAAGUGCCUGGAGUGUAACUUUAAAUUGAGGGUGCUUGAGACAAUUUCCUCUUAACCUCCAACACAUCAUUGGAGUCUCUGUGCCUCCUUAAUGAGGGUAACAAGUGCUCUCAAUGUCUUGCUAGUGCUUCAAAAUCUAAUGGUCUGUUAAAAAUGUUAAUUGUAAGGUGCCUUUGUUUCACCUGCAGCAACCUGCCUCCAAGCACCACUCAUUAGAUAUGGGCACUGAUAAGAGUUUUUGGAAUUACAGAAGUGACACUUUCUUGGUGGUGUGUUUCCUGUGCCUCCAGCUGUGUUCUAUAAAUUAGAAGUGACCUAGGUGAGAAAUAGUGAAAAGCCUAUGCAAAUUGCACAUCACCUUGAAUUUUCUUUCUUUAACAUCAGAUUCUGUCCCCUUUGUUUCUGUUAUGGGAUUAUUUUCUGUAAUUUAACUCAUCCACAACAAUUUGUCGUAAAACAAAUGUAUUAGCCCAAGUACAAACACUCUUGCUACAGUUACCAUUUCUUUUGCAGGUGCAACUUCUAAUUCCUACUCGUAUUCCUUGCAUAGGUUAUGGGACACGUGUUCCUCUGCCCAUGUAUCACUUCUGGUAGUUUUACCUGCACAGAUUACAGAAAUCCCUGCUCAGUCAAAAGCUCUCUAAUGCCUUUUUGGUGAUAAUUUGGCAGUUUUGGUAGCUGUAGUUUUUUGUUCUGUGCACAAUCGUAAAGCUGCACUGUCCCUUUUCGGUCUAUGAAAUCUAUGUAUUCCAGUUGCUUGUGUCUUAGUACUUAGUAUUUCCUCAUAUAGAUAGAUGGUGAUUACAUGGAUGGUGAAAAAGUGUAGAACUCAAAGGAACUCUCCGACUUUACUUCAGACCCCAUACCAACUUCAUCUCUGUGAAGCUGAUAUCGAGGCUGGAGUCAUUGGGCAUUGUCUUACCUUUAGAGGGUAAACCGUUUCUUCGAAAGGUCUUAGAUCAUUGAGCCGUCUUACAUCUUGUAGAGUUCUCACUAGAAUAUAGAGUAUGAAAAAAUUGUAUUAUUGAUUUGCAUGGGUUCAUUAAAUAUUGCUGGGAAGAUUUGGGGUUUUAAUUAAUCUGGGUGUGGCUUAGUGUCAGUCCAGCAAAAAAGCACAAGUGUUAGUUUUGAAUUACCCUGUUAAGAGCAGUUUCAGCAGUAUAUCACCGCAUAGCAAUUUAGUUUCAUUGUAUUAAGGCAAAUAGGUGAUGCUUUAGGCUUCUGCAGAGUGCUGUUGACUCAGUGUUGGCUUUGUUUACAUUACAAAGUUACCACACAUACCAUGUAAGUGUUACAUGCAGUAGCCUUCCUGUGCCCUUACAAUCUCUUUCCAAAAAGUGAUGCUGUCUUUUCUUAUAAGUGUCAUCCUGCACCUUGUGAAACUUUAACACUUAUUCUUUUACGCUAACUCCUUAAUACCUUGCCUAAUUCUCUGCUGGCCUGUUAAUGACGUGUUAAUGUUAUGUCUUUGCAUACCGAUACAGAAAAUGGCAAGUAAAUAAUUCUGAAAUCCUAGCUAAAAGAAUCAAGGGCAGUAAAUUCUGUACUGAAUGAAUGUGUUGGAAUGCUCAUGGAAUUGUAAAAAAUGAAUGAGUUUCUAACAUGAAUAGGUUAAAGGAAUAUCUAUGUAUUUCUUUACAAUAAACUCUCAACUGCUUUAUUUAUUCCUUAAGCAUGUAAUCCGUUACAUCAACGUUUUAGUCUCAAGUGGAGACUUUCCUCAGGGCUUGAGGGGAAAAAAAGAUUUGUGAACAAAAGAAUGGAAUGGGAAAUUAAAAUGAAGGAAGAGGCACAGUAAAGAAUAUUUAUGUGCCGAUAGAAAGAGACCAUUUUUGUACAUAAGCCCAAUAUAUGUCAAGCCGUGUCUGUCUAUGCUUGCCACAUUCCAGAUGGAUGGCUGGCAAUCACAUGAUCAUCACAUACAAGCUGCAUGACAUAUAGAGAUAAUUACUUGUGGGUGAUGCAGCUCUGCCACUCAUCCAGAGGGGAGACCCAAAUUGCCAAUCUGAUUAGCACCCUGCUGGGUUUUAAUCCAAUACUGCAUGCCAACUGUUCACUUUGCUUCUCUGCAGUUUAUCUGUGCUGACCUCAGGAAUAUAUCUGUGACCUGCAGGGAGUCAUUACAAGAGUACCAUAAUCUUUUUAAUUACAGGGGACUUUUUAACUUUUAAACCAAACGUUUCUAUACCUGCUUGGUAGAAGUCAAUGCAUAUCAACACAUUGAACUGUAUCUCUUUUUAGGCUUGAUCUUUUGUGGGAGGAAAAUUGUUGAGCUAACCACCUAACAUACUUCUUAUGGCAUUGUUGGGAUAUUUUGGGAAUGCAAGGCCCUCCUUGUGUGAGAGAUUCCAUACAACCUGCUGGUUUCUGUGCUGUUUAAAAUGUAACCAGGCACUAUUAACUCUUUAUCUUCUGUAUCUAAAUGUUACCGAGCAAAAUGAACGGCUUCUCUUCUGUAUCUUGAAGUGUUAUGCAGGGUAUUGUGUAUGCAUUCCACGGUGACGAGUUUAAGGGACAAUGGUUAUGAUAUAUUGGUUUAUUUCACAUACAGUGGUAUGUAGUUAUGUAAUGUGAAAAACAUGUUGAUUAAUGUUAUCCGCUUGGCCUCUUGUCCCAUACUUAAUUAGGAGUAAAUAUGGAAGUGGAUCCUCCCUAUGGGAUAUCCUGUCCAAGAUGGUUUUUGAUGACUUAGUAAAACUUAGUAUUUCCUGUAUUAAACUUGCAGAGAGUUCAGUUGUGUUCCAAAACAUGGCAUUAGAACACUUUCUGCAUGUCUUAAAGAGCAGGUGAUCACGGUAUAAUGUGUUCAGUUUUAACGAUUUGUAUUUUUCUUUAAUCUACAUGCACGUAUCAUUUUUACCACGUACAUACUGAUCUCAAAUGUUUUUUGUGAGCAUUUUCUUAGCUACGUGAAAAUACACUGCAACUUUCCUAAAGUUUUAGAUUAAUUGUCCUUCAAUUGUAUUUAUUAGAGUUUUCAAACUUCUUAAUGGGAGUGCUUGUAUCAUUCAGACGUCCAGGGCUGCAAUGCUAUACUCAAUUAUUAUAUAGUUAAUGCUUUUACUAACUGAAAUUAAAAAUAUACUUUCCUUCAAAGUUUUCUUUCACCUUCAGGAGGGUGUUAGACACUUCAAUAAUCAGGAGCCUCUCAUUCUGGUUUAUGAAUUCUGACUGUAUUCUUUAAACUUCAUAAAACCAAGAAUCGAUAAACAGACAGCAGCCAUACAGGGCUGCUAUUAGUUGAUCCACAGCCUGGUUCACCAUUCAUCCAGUAAACGGGAUUGUGCCCAGUGAGUGGCAAAGUCGUUUAUUACAAUUGCACUGGGCUGCAGGAAUUUUCUUUUCAAAUUGCUGCAGUAUAUAAACCAAUCUCAAAACUGAGUGGGGGUGCCGGUUACUCUCCUCAACAUAAACGUAAUUAGUGACACUUUACAUUAUGUAAUCACACGUAUAGAAUGACCAUGCAGAAACUCACAGGUUACAAUUUAUUUUUUCACCCAAACCCCGAUCUAUCAGCAGGUUUACCAUGCCUAGCCACUGGGGCAUACUGCUGGCUGACAAAAUUGGUUAGAUUCUUGUGUUGCCCAAAACAAUAAAACGUCACGCACAUGGACACCACCCCUGCUUGUUGUCUUUAGUUUGAUGUCAAUGCAAUACUGAAGUCAUGGGCAUAAUUACAAAACCACUUUGUGAUCAGUGAUACCGUACACAAUGACCUUAUUGGAUUAAAUAAAGCCCUGUUUAAAAGAAUUCGUGGCUGUGUAAUCUUUUAAAACCUGAAGCGGUGGAAGGGAGGGGGUGGUGACAAGGCUACUUUAAUUGAUGCACAUUCUUGGCUACUUGUAGUAACAGUAUGGCUUGACAUCUGUGCACUUUGCACAAGCAAAUUUCCUGCUGUGAUGUCAUGCUGACCUAAUACUGAAUAGCGUUGGACAAAGUCAGCUCUUUUUUUAAGACUGCUUUUUCUAGUUUCAGGAUGCCGGUCUGAAACUAUAAAAUACACAUUCCUAAACUGUUAAGCAAAAACAAAGAAAAGUCUGCAUCUGAAUGCCCCUGCUGUAAGACUGCAUUUACAUCCACCAGCCGUUGGCCUAAAGUUAGGCCAUCAUCAUCAUCACUCAUUAUCAGAAUGAUCCGUUCUGCUUAGACAUACACAUACAUUUUUUAACACACAAAAUAAAUCAUGGCUUUAAAGUGUAAUAUAUCAUUUCUUUUGUUUUUAAGUGGUAAAUUUCUUUAUUGGAAGACAAUUUGCAACAUAGGAAUGCAUUGUUAAACCGUUUAAAAUAAAUGUAGGAUUUAAGGAUAAUAUAUUGAUUCUUAUACCAGCGCGAGAAUAUGGAAUAAACCAGGGCUAACCUGCUCACAGUACUCUCUGCCAGUCCUCGUCAUCUAGGUUGGAUGAAAUUGGCAUAGUGAAUACCGUAGUAGUAAUUACACAUUAUCAGAGCAGCCAAAGUGAAGUAAUCCAUUGACUCCACAAAGUUGGCAAUGGGGCACUUUAGGCAACAUAACUACUGCAGCAAAUUGUAGUAUUUAUAUUACUUAGUAUACCCAAGUUAAAAAUCUGUUACAUCACUAGGAAUUGUCCUGGUAAUGGUCUGGAAAAACUUUUACUUUUUGAACUUUUAUUAUUGCUAUUGUGUGGAGCAAGUCCUGGUCAGAUCAUUCAUCCUGCAAUUCAGUAUAAUCUCCAUUUCAAAUACUCAUCUUCAUAAUGUGAUGGGAUUUCCUGUAAGGAUAAAGAGACACUUAUUGUAUUUAAAGGUUUUAGGUUAAUUCUGCAGUAGCAUUGGUAAUUGUUCCCAUUAACAAAUGAAUACAUUUUGGCCAGCUAAUUUAAUUACCUAUUCAGUGGAAAACUCAUAAUUGCUUAACUUGAUACUAAUAGAGCUUUUGACUAUUGGUGUGUUUUUGUAACCCACACAAUAGUUUUCAAUGGAUGGCUGGUUUCUUGUAUGAAGGUUCGUGCUUCUGAAUACGCUUAAUGUCGAUAAUAUAUUGUCCGGGUAAUAGUCAUUAUUAUCAUCGUUUCGUAAAUGUAACAUGUGAAACAGGAUAGAAAACCUAUCAAUCUCUAGAACGGGUCAACAUUUAUCACCGUAAUAUGUACGAGCAGGUUAGAUGUUUUGUGUUUCAGGGAUUACGUGGAUAUCUUGGCGUGUAUAGUUUUUCAGAUCACAACAAGUACAACAGGGGAUGGGUGGGGGCGUGCUGCAGGGGAAAGACCACCACCCCAAUGACUUUUUGUUUAGUCACUUGUGGGCACUCCAUUAGAGACCUCUCUGAUGAAGUGCACGUCAGACACGAAACAUGUUGGUGUCAUCCUUGUGGUAUCUUCCCCCGAUGUACACCCCUAGCCACGAAUUGUAAAUGAAAAUUAAGAUGUAUUGUGCAGAAAUUUCAACACAACGCAAGUAUAUCAUAAAAAUUGUAUCUCUUAUGAAAUCAUUUUAGAGAGGGAGGAGACAGUAUCACUAUAACAGUUUGACGGAAAUAGGGGAGACCCUGCACAAAAAUUAUUUGCACAAUACCACUAUAAUAAUCUGUAGUGAUUAUGGUGCUCUUCAUGUCACUUUAACACACAUCUAGGAAAACUGUUUUCAAAAUGCAAUUUAAAAAAAAAGAUACUUCCUCAAACCUGUAUUCCUGACCCUACAAUGUCAAAACCACCCUUUGGUUAACCCCCACUAAAUAUGGUAAAAGCUUACUUGUAUUCAAGUCUGCUGCUAUUGGCUCUGCCCAAGAUCUGCCUGCUUGGCUGACAUAAUCAGAAGUGAUUCUCUGAGCCAAUCACAAUGCUUUGCCAUAGGAUUGGAGGAGACUGUCAAUUAGGUAGAUCAGGGGCAGAGGCAGCACAAGUCAAACACAGCCCUGGCCAAUCAGCAUCUCAUAGAGAUGCAUUAAAUCAAUGAAUCUCUAUGAGAAAAGUUCAGUGUAUCCAUGCAGUGAGUGGGGACACUGAAUGUCAGUCACACUGUGCAGCACUGCCCUAUGAAGCACCUCUAGUAGCCAUUUGAGGAGUGGCUAGUUGAGUUAUCACUGUUGUAAUGUAAACACUGCAUUUUCUCUGAAAAGACAGUGUUUACUUCAAAAAGCUGAAGGCAAUGAUUCUACUCACCAGAACAAAUGCAAAAAAUUUGUAAUCUACUCUAAUUUUAAAAGUAUCGAGUGCUUUGCUUCAUGUCGACUGUCUGAACACGUAUUGUUGUAGCUAUCAUUUAAAGGACCACUAGAGGCACCCAGACCACUUCAGCUCAAUGAAGUGGUCUGGGUGCCAUGUCCCCCUAGUUUUAACCCUGCAGUUGAAAACAAACUGCUAUGUUUACAUUUUGGGUUAAUCCAGCCUCUAGUGGCUCUCUCCCUCCCGCAUUGAACGCACGCUGGACAUCCAUAGGAAAGCAUUGAGUAAUGCUUUCCUAUGGGCGGUUUGAAUGCGCGUAAGGCUCGGGCCGCGCAUGCGCAUUCCAAACUGAUGUUGGCAGGGGGGUUACAGGUCACCAGCGCCGAGGGAGCCCGGUGCUAGAUUAAGGUAAAUGGCUGACAGGGUUUUAACCCCUUCAUUCCAGGGGAAGGCGGGCUCUGAGGGGGGGAACCUAAUAACCCUAUAGUGCCAUUAAAACAAGUUUGUUUUCCUGGCAUUGUAGUGUUCCUUGAAAUGGUGAUUAGGUUUUACAUAACCUUACAUGAGAGGUCUAAUUAAAAGCCCAAAUGGCAUCUUGCCUUGUGUGUUUUCCAAGAACUAGCAGUAUUUUAUUGUGCGUUCUGGAUUAUGGCAUUUUCUCAUAGCACAAAAUAUAUCUGCAAUAAAUUUUAAAUUUGGGUUAAAAAAAAAAAAGUGUGUGUGUGUUCCUUUAGUUGUUGCCGAAGCAUUAAUGGGUCAUAAUAUCUGAUUUUAUGGGCACAAAACUAGUGAGAGCAGCAGGGUCAAGGGAAAAGUGGUUGACGAAAAGCGUUUACACAUUAUCAUUUGUGUUUAUAUAGUUAUCCCUUUAAAAGCUAAAAGUUCACCAGACUAUAAAGGAUGAAUUAUUAUUGGUAUUUGUAUAGCGCCAGCUUAUUCCGCCGCGCUUUACAAUAAGAGGAGAAUUUACCAAAUGAGACAAUAACAAAAUGUAACAGGAACAAUAGGUAGUUGAGAUGGCUGCAUCUUCAUAUAUAUUGGCAAAGGAACGAAGCCCCCCUCCCCCAUGCUAAUGAAGCAUAAUAAUUAGAGCCUGUUUUAUUAAAGGCGUAUAUCUGCUUAUUGGCCCUGAAUUGCACACAAUCAGUCAUUGACUAAAGUGCAAAUAAAUUGAAUUCCAAAUUUAAGGUCAAAAUAGUCAAAGUGAAAAAUUCACUAAGUUGGUUAUGUUUUGGCCUAAAUUUGAAAAUCAAAUAGUAUUCUGGGGAACUUAAUUAUAUAUAUAUAUAUAUAUAUAUAUAUUUUAUUUUAUUUUUUUUGUGGUUGAAGUACGCCUAUACACUAUAAAUUUUAAGCAAUGCAUUGUGUUUAUAUUUAACAUGUUACAUUUUUUUCUUUGACAGCAUGUGACUUUUUUUUUAUCUUAAAUGUUAUCCUAAACUUUUGGAAUCACACAACCUGUUUGAUUUUAGUAGGUUUUUUUUAAUUUAUUUAUUUUUUCUUCUCCUAUGUGCGCACAGCCCUUCUGACGUAACCUCUUGUUUUCUUGCAGGUAUAUAGGCAGGAUUGUGAGACUUUUGGGAUGGUCGUGAAGAUGCUCAUCGACAAAGAUCCAUCACUUGAAAAGCAGGUUCAAUACGCCCUGAAACAAAAUUUAAGUGAAAUCGGAGAGAGAUGUAUUGAAGAACUGAAAAUGUAUAUCACGGAAUACGAUGACACACACCAAGAACUGGCAUAGCACGCAAAUCACACCGACCAUAUGGGCCGAUUUUAGACUACAUUACCUUGCCCACAUCUGUGACAUUUAACCUAUAUUAAUAUUUCGGUUAUUCUAGAAGAUUUAAAAAUAACAAGGCUGGAGAGGGUACUUGGGCUACCUGCUUAGGAUUUUUUUUUAUAUAUAUAUAUAUAUGGAAUUCAUGGUUGUUACAUGUAAUAAUGUAUGAUUAGACCGCUCUAAACUGUGUGUAUUUUGGUGGCCUAACGUUCUUUAAAAAAAUAAUACACACGACCUGUAAUUUUACAGUAUUGUUUAAUAAUGACCUUCUGUACAAACUGCAUCUUUAAAUUUAAAAUGUUAUGUAAACAGUUUUUGUUAAAUAUUCCUUUCUUCACACUGGCUGUAAGGUUAUUAAAACUAAUUUCUUCUGUUUUUAUUUAAGAUCUGUAAGAUAUCAUUUCUUUACGGUUUAUUUAAAUUUAUUGGUUUUAAUGAAGAAAUGCUUCUUUUUUUUAACCGGAGUGUUCUUUUGAUUUGCUACUCGGUUGUUAGAUUUAUUAAAGUGUGAACUCCAGGGAAUUAAAAUAUAAGCUAUAAAAUUUAGCCCAUAAAGGAAGUUAGAAAAAAAAUGUGAUGGUAUAAAAGUACAUAUUUACUUUUUUUGUUGUCACUUUCAUUAUAUUCUUUCUAAUUGCAAACUAGCCAUAUUAGUCCAGUGAUGCAGAUGUAAAAAAAAAAAAAAAGAUAAAAUUCAUAUCUUGCAAUACUUUUUUUUUAUUGGGCUAACAGAAUCUUUUAAUGUCAAGCUUUUGGGAAAAACUCCCUUUCCUUCCUAUUGAAUUCUAUGUGUCAUUGUCAUUAAAAAAAAAAAAAUCUGUGAGUCCAAUAAAAAAAUAAGUUUUACGAGAUACAAAUGUUAUCUAUAAUUGCAAACUAUUUAGUAUUGUGCUAUAUUCUUCACAGUAACCUCUACCACACCCAGUUCAUAACAUACAAAGUAUAGCAUUAUAUGAACUAUCGGUCAAGAUCUAGAUAAAAAC